GGCAUUUGUAUUCCCAGCUCGCGCUUCUAGCGGAAUGGAUGUGUAAGCGUGUGUGAGUGGAGGGGCGGGAGCGCGCGAGCGAGAGCCUCCCAGUGUGUGCGCGCGCCGGAGCUUGUGAGAGGGUGGACCUCGCGAGUGCCCGCGCCUUUCCCGGACCCCCUCCUGAGCUGCUCCCUCCUCUCGCCCACGGAGACGAGUUGGGGGCGCUCCUCGGUGCCGUGGCCCCAGCCCCAGUUGCCUCUCUCGGCUGCCUCAGCGCGGGCCCGGAGGUGUUAGGGGAGCCCCCGGGGAAGGAUAUGCUGGCAGCUCGGGGGCCCCUCCUUGUGACUUCUCUCUCCAGCCAUGUGGUGCUUGCAUUGUAACUCGGAGAGGACUCAGUCACUGCUGGAGCUGGAGCUUGACAGCUGGUAAGCCAUUACCCUCUAUUGGAAGCAGCAGCGUGGGUUUCCUAAAGCAAAAAGAGUCGAGCUUGGAGGGGAAGGAAUUUUUUUUUCUCUCUCUCUCUCUCCCAUUUUCUUUUUGGUUGCUUUGUGUUUCAGUUCCAGCCUCGGAACAGCUUUGUUUAAAAUUAGUUCCGAACACUGGUUUAGUGUGUUGGUGGAAGGGAGAGAGGACCGAGCGUGUGUUUAAGCAAGCAGGCGAGCAAAACGAUCGGCUGCUGCACAUACAUACAAUACUAAUCCCGUGACACAAAGGGUUUUAUAGUGCUCAAUCUCGCGUACUUUUUCUUCCUUUUCCUUCCACUGUGAAAGCUAAAUCAUUUUCUACAGAAUUUUAUUCUAGCUAGUAUCCUAAAUGCCAAUGUAGAAAUGACAGCUGUUGGUCACAUAAAUAUGCAUUCAGCUUUACUUACAAAAACUGAAUGCAUAUUUAAAAAUGCCACAGUGUGUACCUUCCUGAUUUUUUUCUGCACCAUUGUAUGCACGCAAAGGGUUCAGUUUGCAUAUUGCAGGAUGUAAUAAACCCUGUUGCAAAGUUUUAAAUGUUUUGCAAAUGUGUCUUGAUUACAGCCAACUGUAGCUUUGUUUCCAGUGUAUGUUGUCAUUUUAGGAGCCUUUAUAUUCCAUAGCUCAUUUAUUUGACUUUCAAAAACAAAAAAAAAUCUUACUGCAAUGCCAUCUGUCCUUCACAGAAUUCAAAUUAACAUCUUAUUCAUUUGAAUAUGGAAUUUAAAGUUGUUUAACUCCUUAACCACACAGCUCUUACUUACAAUAUGAAACUGGCAGCAGAAUCUUUUAAAAGACAUUACUUGUUCCACAUAUUUGCAGCAUCUCAAUGCCUCCUCCAUUUUUUCCUCACACAAUACCUUUCUUACGCAUUUUCAUUAUUCAUUUAACAAAAACCCAGGCAUUAUGAAGAUAAAUGUCUGUCUUUGCACCAAUAAUUGCAGUUCUAAACACACUUUAAAAAUGUAUUUUCUACUGUUAGAGCUUGCCUUUCUUCAAGAAGCUGAAGGUGGUAUACAUUGCUUUCCCCUUUACCUUUGCAACAACCCUGUGAGGUAGAUUAGACCAAGAUAGUGACUGGCCCAAAAUUGCCCCAUGACUUUUGGGGCUCAAUGGGGAUGAAAACCUGAGUCUCUCCAGCCCCAGUCUGACUCUAUAACCACUACACCACUGAAAUCAGUGGGGCUUGCUUCUGAGCAAACAUGGGCAUGAUUAUUUUGUGCUGCUCUAUAUUUUGUCACAUUCAUGGGAUGUUAAAGAGAACAUAAAUCAGUGACUUCAGCUAUACAUUGAGUUACAAAUGUUGAGGGCCAUUGGCUUCAGCUGAAUUAAGCCUAUGUUCAGAGUUGAAAAUCACUACAGAGUUGAAAAUGCUCAGCCGCUCUCACAGGGCCAUUCAUCUCCCACAAGAGGGGUGCAUUUUUGGAAAUAUUCCAGGUGAGUGUUGAAAGAAAUUAUAUGUUUCUGGGAGUGGUCUUUAUCUAUCAUGGUAAUAUGGCAAGGGGUUGCUAUCUUUGUUUUCCUGGAAAUGUUUGUGAUGGUUACAAUCGGGAGCAGCAGCCUGUUGGUGUUCCUUAGUGAGAAUGUGCCAAUGAGCAUGACACUACUUCACAGUGAUAUGGUAUGAUGGUUUAAGAUAGCUUAUACCUCCUUGAUUACAUGCUUUUGUGAGAGAGGUGAGGACAAGAAUAGGACACUAAAUAGUGACAGAUCACUGGAGGUUGUGUGGAUUCUACCACACCUUCAUGUGAGUCCGAAACCAUGUUCUCAAAAACACACACUUGAGUGGCAUAGUUAUUGUGAGUUUGGUGAUUGUUUUGAAGCUGUUCUAGGUAGCAUGUAUGCAUCUUCCAGCACACGGAACACUGUACGAUUAUGUUCUGUUUAACCAAUGUAGUAUAUAGUGGGUGAUUUACAAAUAUCAGUAAAAUACAAUUCAUAAAAAACCCACAUUGACAUAAAAUCCACUUAAUAAUGCAACAUUCAACCAGUUUCAGAGCAUGUGAAGGUGUCAGGUGUGCCAACUCUAGGAGACCGAAGGCACCUCAGCCCCCUCAAUAGUUGUUUUAAGGGGGCUGGGCCAUCUUAAUGUUGAGGUGACCAUGCACUCGUUGUGUGCAUGUGAUGUCAUGCGCCAUCUGGUCCAGUGGCCGGCUCCUCCAGAGUGCUUGACCGCCUCCAUUGCAAUGUGUAACGCAUGUGACACCACACACAUGCUGUGCCCCCUCAAUCUUGGGAGCAACCUGGUGCAUGUGAAAGGUGUUAACAGGCUUGGUAAAAACAAGGUUUCAACUGGUACCAAAAAUACCAGUUGAAGUAACUACUACACAAGAGCAUUCCAUAACCAUGGUGCCACUGUUGGGAAGGCCGCGCCUCUUAUGGCAAGGGCAUCCAGAUAAAGCUCAUCCCUCCAGAGCUGGUUGCCUGCAUUUACUGAUCGGAAAAGAUUCAUAAGAUGAGUUAUUUCAUGACUUAUUUUGUUAAAAAUUAUUUUACUAUUAAUUUAAGAGGAGAAAGAUUUAGGGAGCUUGCCUUGGGGAGUAUGCUAAGAGUCUUGGGUGAAUAUUUCUUCUUGGCAGAACUGCCCUCUUCUACCAGAUCAUUUUUGUAAUUGACAUAUUUUAUGUUCCUUUCAGGAAGACCUGAUUAUAUGUGGUGCUUGAAACAAAAUGAAUCAUGAAGGAUUUAGUUUAUUGUCAUUUGUUUUCAGGGAAUCUUCUUCACUCAGAAUAAGUUUUAUUGCAUCAAAUGAUUGAAUUUUACAGAAUUUAAACACAGUUGAGAAAAAGUAUGUGUAGUCUAGGCAUCUCCUUUUUGUAUAGUACUUAAAAUUAUGUAUCUAUUUUUAUGCCGCUUUUCCAUAGUUCAAACUACUCUCAAGGCAGCUUAUAGCAUUAAAAAAUGCAUACAGUGGUACCUCUGGUUAUGAACUUAAUUUGUUCUGGAGAUCCGUUCUUAACCUGAAAUCGUUCUUAACCUGAGGUACCACUUUAGCUAAUGGGGCCUGCUGCCGCCGCUCGAUUUCUGUUCUCAUCCUGAGGUAAAGUUCUUAUUUUUUUAUUUCUUAAAUUUUUUAUUGAUACAGCAAGAAAAAACAAAAAAACACAAAUGCCGAAUUACACACAGGAAUAACCAUAGACACAUAAUUUUCUUAACAAACAAUAAAACAUAUAUUGGUCUUAACACUAAAGACCCAACCUGAGGUAAAGUUCUUAACCCAAGGUACUACUUCCGGGUUAGCAGAGUCUGUGACCCGAAGUGUUUGUAACCCGAGGUACCACUGUAAUUACAAACAUAACAAAAGUAGUCAUAAACAGUAAAUAAAACAUCAAAAGUACACAACCAAAUUAAACAAUUUCCACAUAAUAAGAUUUAAAAUAAAGAUCCAGAAAUUAAUAUUGAUAUUAGUAACAACAACCCCCUCCUCCCCAAAACCGCUAAACAAUAUUCCCGCUCAAGGGUCUGUUCAACAGCUUCAAUUUUUGUAACUGGAGUCAGUCAGAGUCCCACCCUCCCAGGCCAGGUAGGAAAAGGCCUGCAAGGCAGGGAGCAGGUCUUCCAGGACUCACAGCCAAGAUAGCAGCUAGUAAGAGUAAGCUUGUGGUUUAAAUAAUAUCCAGAAUGUAACAGGUGAUCACUUCAUCACCAUCAGAUGAUAACAAAGCAGUUGUCAUGUUUAUCUCAGAAUACUCUUGAUUAAGACCAGGAGCGGCAGGCACUUGAGGAAGAGGAUGUUGAAUGGGAGUAGAGUCCAGUUGACAGAGCCUGUAGCCCCCGCCUCUGAACAUAUCUGGCUGUGCUGUUGUAGGAGUUCCAGAGGCUUCCUCUUCACUGCUCAUAGAAGAGAAAGGUCUGUCAGAAACUAUGGACAAGGAGGGCUCCAGGGCAAGAUCUGAAGUGACAGAGGAUUGGGAGGUGGAGACAGCUCUGCAGUUGUCUUCUAUGGAGAGGUGGCUCAUCAAGAAAAACAUGGAGACGUGCCUCUAGGCCAGUGGAUCUCAAACUUUUUUCUCUGGGCCACAUUUUCAGAACAAAAAAUUGCUCACCAAUAUCUUUUCAUCUUGUUUGGGGCCAUAUUGGAACUGGAAAGCUUCUCACCACAGAUCAAACGCAUAGCCUGACAGAUGUUUUCAUCUCCAGUCCAUGUGAAACAAACUCAGAUAUCUAUCCACAUAUUGUUGACAAACUUUCUUUUUUGGAGGUUUGCCUGGGCUUGCUACUGGUGUCGAAUUAAACGAGUCUUCUCCAGGACGUUCGGACAGCAAUUCCGAAUUACUACUAGGAUUGCCCUCAGUAUCACUUGGUGCGCUUGCUCUCAUAUUGAAAAGAUAUCUAGCCACAGUCUUCAAAUAAAAAAAGUACUUUAUGUAAUAUGCAUGUGUCAGGGAACUGCCAUCGGAAGGAAGGGAGGUGAAAGGGCUCACACAGGUUGGGAGAGACUCAGCAGCUGAAGAGGGAACCAGUAGGGGGAGAGGAGCUGAGCUGAGGGAAAGUGAGCUGGAGGGAUGGCUCAGAGACACUUCCAGCGAAAACAGUGGGGAGGUUUCAGGACCUCCUGUAGGAACACCCACUCCUCGCCGGAAACUGUCACGCAGAGAGUCCAGAAGACGUGUUUCCGUUAAGGAGCUUUUAUGUUGGAAGCGAUUCCGAAAGCAACCACUGUCGGAAUCUGCUAGUGACUAGAGGAGCCAUGUCUGAAGGGCUCCGUCACAGACAGAGGUUUGUGGACUUGAACAAACUCUGAGGGGAUACUAUUUUACGCACAAGCAGCUCAUCAUCCCAUCACAGCAUUCCGACAGUCUUUGAAAGCAGCUUGUGCAGGAGAAGGCAUCAUGAGCAACCCAGCCGGAACCGGAGAAGCAGGAGCUGGAGCGGGUCCAAGCCUGGAAGAAAGGUACCGGGUGUUGGAGGUCCAGCUAGCGCUGCAGACGGCGAGGCUUGAGGAGAGGAGGGCUCAGGAUGCAGACAAAAGGGGGAAAGCCACCCAGCUCGCCAGAAAGGUACCAGGAUUGGUGCAGAAGUUUGGGGGGGAGCCCAAAGACUAUCAUGGCUUUCGGACAGAGAUGCAAUAUGCCCUCAAUCUGCAGUUUGAUGAAUUCCUGACGAGGAAUCACGAGUGGCUUUCGUGAUUGGGCAUCUUGAAAAGGGGGCGAAAGACUGGGUUAGACCCCUGAUGGCAGCGAAUAGUGACGUCCUAAAGGACACGAUGAAGUUCUUUCGCGCCAUGGAUCUGAUGUUUUCCAGCGAUAUUGAACAGGGAGUGGUGCGCAGACAGUUAAUGGCUUGCAAACAGGGGAGCCGAUCUGUCCGUGAGUACUGGACUGAGUUCACCAUGUUGGUUCACAGAUUGGGGUGGGACUUAUCGGCGGAACCCAUUCAAAUGCUCUUUGAAGAAGGGCUUUCUUCGGCUGUGAAAGACGAACUUUCCCGGGCGCCCAGGGCAGAGUCUAUGGACCAGCUGACCAAAUCAGCGCUGACCAUAGGAGCGCGCCAGGAGGCGAGAGCAUUGGAGAGGCGGGAAGGGAAGGGGGAACGUUGGAAGGAGUUCCGCAUUCCAGACAUUCCAGAGCCAACUUUCCCGCCGGCAGAGCCGAUGGAAAUCGGAACAGCGCGCGCGCGCAGUUUCAAAGCCCAGUGAGGGGGGAAAGAAGGAGGGAAAACGCGUCCGGAAAUGCUAUCUCUGCCAACAGCCAGGUCACUUUGCCAGAGUCUGCCCCCAGAGGAAGGAAUGGCAAGGGAUGGUAGGAGCUGUGGAGGGAAGAGAGGAAGAAAUACCGGAGCAAGUAAAAGCCAACGCCUGGCUGCCACCGUCGGGGCACAGCAGCCAGGCCAAAGAGCAGUGAGAGUGCCCACGCCAGAACCUCCUAAACCCGCCCUAGUGAUAGAAGUGGCGCUAGAGCUGCCAAACGGACACCCUCUAAAGAUAAAGGCGCUGUUGGACUCAGGCAGCUCCUGCAAUUUCAUGAGCAAAGAGUUUGCAGCUGAACACCAGAUACAGACGAUCCCUUUAAGCAACCCCUGCAGGUGACCACGAUCGAUGGCAGGGAGCUGUUGGGAGGAGAAGUCAGCUUGCAGACCGUCCCAAUGAUAAUGAAGGUGGCAAGGCACACCGAACUGAUAGCGUUUAAUGUGGCCACCUUGGGAGGAGCUCCCAUUAUAUUGGGGAUGAGCUGGCUAGCGUUACAUGAUCCGCUGGUGGGCUGGCAUCAGAGAGUGGUUUCUUUUGGUUCAGCACAUUGCUUAGAACACUGCAAAGAGGGAAAGGGUUUGGCAGGGGCCCAAGCCACCCUAGCAGGGACUGAAGUAACGGAGAACGUGAAGGUACCACGACAAUACGCAGAUCUCCGCGACGUCUUCAGCGAAAGGGAAGCUGACCAACUACCCCCGCAUAGACCCUUUGACUGUCAAAUCAAUUUACUCCCUGGGGCACAGCUCCCUGUAGGCAAGCUGUACGCCAUGUCAGACAGAGAGAUGCAGGAGCUAAGAGAGUUCAUUGACAAGAACCUGAAGAGAGGGUUCAUCAGAGAGUCCAGGGCGGUGGGGGCAGCCCAGUGUUUUUGUGGAUAAAAACACGAACAAGCCGAGGCUGGUGUGUGACUUCAGGGCCUUAAAUGCAGUGUCAGAACCAGUGGCCUUCCCUAUGCCCAGGAUUGACGACAUUUUGACAAGGGUGCGGAAGGGAAAGAUUUUCACAAAGCUGGACCUAAGGGGGGCGUACAACCUGGUACGAAUAAGGAAGGGGGAUGAAUGGAAAACCACCAUGUUCACCCCUUUAGGGGCAUUUGAAUAUUUGGUUAUGCCCUUCGCCUACAAGCAGGCUCCGCAUGCUUUCAAUCGUUUAUGAACCACGUCCUCGGGCCUUUGCUUUACAAGAAUUGUGUGGCCUUUUUAGACGACGUGUUGGUGUAUUCUGAGAAUGAGGAGCAGCAUGUGAGAGACGUCAGAGAAGUGUUGAGCAGGCUGCAAGCCAACCAGCUGUGGGUGAAACUGGAGAAGUGUCAGUUUCAUACCAAGGAGGUGGAAUUCCUGGGGUAUCGCCUGUCAGACAAGGGAUUGGCCAUGGAUCCCGGCAAGGUCCAGGCGGUGCUGGAAUGGAAAACACCCAAAACAAGGAAGGAUGUGCAGAGGUUCCUAGGAUUUGGGAACUUCUAUCGUAAGUUCAUCCGAAACUUUGCCCACCUGACGGCGCCCAUUACGGACUGUCUCAGCAGUAAGAAGAAGUUCGUUUGGACUGAGGAGGCGGAGCGAGCAUUUGAGGAACUAAAAAGGGCUUUCGCCUUGGAACAACAACUCCUGCAUGUGGAUUUACAAAAACCGAUGAGAGUGGAAACUGACGCAUCAGACAGAGCGAUUGGGGCAGUGCUUCUGCAGCCAGGGAAGGAGGAGUCAGAGUGGAGACCGUGUGCUUUUUUUUUCGCGAAAGCUGAACAAAUCCGAGAGGAACUACACGGUGUAUGACCGAGAACUACUAGCCAUUCAUUAGGCGUUCCGGAGAUGGAGGCACCUGCUAAUUGGCGCACAACAUAAGGUGCAAGUGUGCACUGACCACAAGAACCUAGAGUAUUGGAGGACGGCACGAGUGCUCAACCAACGGCAAGUGAGAUGGGCCCAGGAGUUCUCCAAAUUUAACUUCGAGAUUGGUUACGUGCCAGGCCCAGAGAACAUUAGGGCGGACGCUCUCUCACGCAAACCUGAAUAUUUGGAGGGGGAGGGCGCACCCGAAGAGAGACAUGUCAUUCCAGAGGACCGCUGGGUGUGUGGGGCGGCAUUGGUGGGACAAAGAGAACUGGUAGAGGAAACAGAGAAUGAUGAAUACGCCCAGAAUAAGCUCAGAGGUCUUAGGGGUGAGGGAGAGGAACCAGGGGUUUCGAGGAAAGAAAUGGAGCUUUGUAUUACAAAGGGGCACUGUAUAUCCCUGAAGGAGACUUAAGGGGAGGGUACUCAAGCAGUUGCACGACAGCCCUACGGCGGGGCAUUUUGGACAACACAAAACCAUGUGGUUGGUCACCAGGGAAUUUUGGUGGCCUAAGGUGAGGGAAGAUGUACGUGAGUAUGUAAGAGGGUGCGAGCAAUGCCAGCGAGCCAAAGGGGAAAGGCGGGCGCCGGCGGGGCUAUUAGAACCCUUACCAACCCCAGAACGACCUUGGGAGGCAGUGUCGAUAGAUUUUAUGACUGAUCUGCCGAAGUCCAAAGGGAAAACAGCCAUCAUGGUGGUGGUAGACCUACUAACAAAGAUGUGCCACUUUGUAGCUUGCUCGCAUGCAGUCACGGCGGAAGAGACAGCGAAGUUAUUUGUAGAACACAUUUUUAGGUUGCACGGGGUGCCAUUGAGGGUGGUCUCAGACCGAGGAAAACAAUUUACUUCCAGGUUCUGGAGGAAGCUCAUGAGCUUACUGCAGGUGGAGGUCAAUUUUUCGACUGCCCGGCACCCUGAAACCAACGGGCAGGCGGAAAGAGCAAACGGGGUCCUCCAGCAAUACCUGAGGUGUUAUGUCAAUGACAGAGAGAAUGACUGGGUAGAAAAGUUGGCGCUGGCGGAAUUUGCCUACAACAAUGCCGAGAAUGUGUCCACAGGGAUGAGCCCCUUCUUGGCUAAUUAUGGGUGUCAUCCCAGGGCUUUCCCAGGUGGAGAUGGGGAGAGAUGGAGCGUCCCGGCAGCCGAGCAUUUUGUGGAAGAAAUGGAAGCAAUCCAUCGUCAGCUCCAACUCAACUUAGAAAGGGCGAAGGAAGAAUACAAGAGGCAGGCAGACAAGAACCGAAGGGAAGGUGAAACCAUAAGGGUGGGAGAUAGGGUGUGGCUGUCAACCCAAGGGCUGCCGUUCAAAGGAGGUUGUAAGAAAUUAAGACCCAGGAGGUUGGGUCCCUUUGAGGUCAUUCAACAGGUCAACCCAGUGGCUUUCAGGCUCCGGUUACCCAACCACAUGAAACUGCACCCAGUAUUUCACAGGUCGUUACUGUCACCGUACGAAGGGGGACGAGAAGGGAUGGCCACUCGGGGACCGGUCAUAGAAGAAAGAGAAUGCAGCAGCCAUGUGGCAGAAAUCCUCGACGCCAGGUGGAAGGGGGAUCAGGUGGAGUAUUUGGUAGCGUGGGAAGGAGAACCGGAGUCAGAAAACACUUGGGUAAUGGCCGAAGAUAUCAAUGACGAGGUAUUGAUAGAAACGUUCCAUCAAAGGUUCCCAAGGAAACCUCAGCCUGUGGAGAGGUUCCGGAGGGAAUACUUUGGGACCACUGAUGAGGAGGAGGAGUUGGAAGGAUUCCCGGACUCGGAAGGGGAAGGGGAGAUGGACUCUGAGGAGGAGGAGUACUUCGAGACCAGGAACCGCAACAGGUAGAGAGAAGUGUUCGAGACAUCGGAAGAUGAAGGAAGUUCAUUCCGCGGUUUUGCCUCCUCACCGCCCGUAGAGGAGGGGGCGAGAGGGGGUGAAAGGGGCCCUGGAGGGGAGGUGGAUGUCAGGGAACUGCCAUCGGAAGGAAGGGAGGUGAAAGGGCUCACACAGGUUGGGAGAGACUCAGCAGCUGAAGAGGGAACCAGUAGGGGAGAGGAGCUGAGCUGAGGGAAAGUGAGCUGGAGGGAUGGCUCAGAGACACUUCCAGCGAAAACAGUGGGGAGGUUUCAGGACCUCCUGUAGGAACACCCACUCCUCGCCGGAAACUGUCACGCAGAGAGUCCAGAAGACGUGUUUCCGUUAAGGAGCUUUUAUGUUGGAAGCGAUUCCGAAAGCAACCACUGUCGGAAUCUGCUAGUGACUAGAGGAGCCAUGUCUGAAGGGCUCCGUCACAGACAGAGGUUUGUGGACUUGAACAAACUCUGAGGGGAUACUAUUUUACGCACAAGCAGCUCAUCAUCCCAUCACAGCAUGCAUGUAGGAUGGAAAAAUGCAAUAUAUUGGAUGGAAAACAGCCAUAUAUUGCCCUCAUUUCUGGCAAACAGUAAGUUAUUGACCUGAUGAUUUAAUUUAGGAUGUUUAGGUUGGUGCUGUAUUAUGCAAUAUCACAAAUUCCUUAUGGGUUAUUGCUAAUAGUGUUUUAUAGUUGCUAUGUCAAAUUCCAAUAACUUUAAAGCUUAUAUAUAAAUAUAUUUAAAGAUGUUUCAGAUUUCAACUUUUACUAUUUCAAAAGGUUUCACAGUAUGGCAGAUACCGCAGACUUCCUUCGAUACAGUGGUACAUGGCACCUGUGUUUUGAAAUUGUUCGAAUUUGCAGGAAUAAAGAGAAGCUAGUAAAUUUCAUUUCCAGUUACUUAGGCAGGUCAUACAGGGCUGUUUCAGAAAUAACUAUCUUGACUUAGUGAUCAUUGAGCUUGUAUUUUCUCUUCUCUCUUUGCAUUCAUGCCAGAAUUGGGGUCUUCUAAGUUUAUGAAAUCAUUUCCCUCUACAUUCCAACCAGGAAAUUGUGUUUUAAUCUGGGCGUACUAGCCAUAAUAUAAAAUCGGAUAAAAACUAUGGUGUAAUAAAUCCUGGAAAUUUUUAGUUCCAGUAACAGAGUGAAGGAGGCGGGAGUGCCUGGCCCAACUCUCAGCUUAAUAAACUAUGGUUUAUUUAGUUGAGAUUGCUCCAUCUGAACCAGUCUCCUAGAUGAACUGCUAACGGCACUGGCUAUUAGGCUGCUGGAAAUGAAGAACCUUUAAUAGUUCACUUGCAAAUCUCUUAAUUCUGUAGUCUCUGAAGCACUAUAUCCUUCUAACCCAGGGGUUGGCAAGGUUUACAUUGGUUUUGUUAGGGGCGACAGACUUCUGUUAGGGGGGUCUGAACCUCAGAUUUGUAUUUUACUUAUUGGGGGGCAGCUGCCCCCUGCCCCCCCCCCCAGCUACACGCAUGGGGGGCCCACAGGAAGGAAACAAGAUCAGAAGGGGGCCACGGUCAGGAAAAGGUUGGGAAACACUGAUCUAGAACAAUGUGCAAGAUGAAUCCUUGUGGUGAAAGAUAUGUACUCUCAACUUGUUUUUUAUGUGAGUUCUUUAAAGAAGCAAAGGCCAGAGCUCAGCUAGUUUAGAAGUGGCCAGAUUCCAGAAAUUCACACCUGAUAUAAGGUCUCAUAAAAGGGUAUAUAAAACCACAUCUAAACCUUUGGGAAAUUUCAUGUGCAUAUUUGGGUCUGCGAUUUGUAACUCUGAGUAAUCGCUUUAGAGAAGCAUUCGGAAGUUGUCCUAAAGGGUGCUGAAGAGUAUAGUCUGUAGCUGUAGUUGCCAGGCUGUGAUGAUCCUGCAAGUUAAGCAGGGUCAUGCUAGGUCAUUACACAUGUACAGGAGUAUUCUGAGACAAAGCUGCCAGAAGUAAUGCAGUGAUUCAGUUAGCAGCACUCUUCCCUUCUGACUUUAAAGUGAGUUGAAUUAGGAACGUCUCUGCUUCCUCUUGGAAGGGUCUACCAUUCAUGUUGUUACUGAUCAUCUGUUGCUCCUAAAGAUUCAAGAGCUUUUCCUGUAAAGGUAUGAAAUCUUAAUCUGGGAUCCUGAUCAAAUGUCAGCUCAUGUAAUUACUUUUCAGUUCUUUCACUAUCUUGUGGUGUUGUGUGAUAGCAUUAAAGAACUGUAGUACUGCUUAUAAACAUAGCAUAUACGUUACCUUUGGUAGUAUUGCAAGUUGCAAAAAGUCUUGACUGGGGCAGAUUUGCCAGGUUACUAGUUUUGCAUUGUGGUUGUGUUGUCCUGGCCUUUUCUCUUAGUUGGGAAACACCAUAGUUGUGAAACAGUGUGACAUCAGUUUUAGAGGAUGUUUUUUUCCAGUUGUAAUAGCACUUGACAAGAGAGUGCUUGAGCAAUCAGCCAUUUGAUUUUACAUUAUACCAAGAGAAAACAUUAUCUGUGAUUUUCAACAUGAGCGAAAUGCUUCUAGCUGCUAAAAGCUAACCACCGCCUCUUUGUGUUUUCUCCGAUAAUUGGUCAUGGAAACAGUUUCUCUGAAUAGGUAAGAACAAGAAAAAAGAAAUAAAAUACAGUAAGGCACUGUGUGUGCAGAUUCCUAUUAACUGUGAGGUAUCUGUUGGUUAAUUCAUUUUAAAUGGUUAGUUCUGGUACAGUGGUGCCUCGCAAGACGAAAUUAAUCUGUUCCGCGAGUCUCUUCGUCUUGCGGUUUUUUCGUCUUGCGAAGCAUGGCUAUUAGCGGCUUAGCGGCUAUUAGCGGCUUAGCGGCUAUUAACGGCUUAGCGGCUUUAAGAAAAAGGAAACAAACUCGCAAGAACUCGCAAGACAUUUCGUCUUGCGAAGCAAGCCCAUAGGGAAAUUCGUCUUGCGGAACGACUCAAAAAACACAAAACCCUUUCGUCUAGCGAGUUUUUCGUCUUGCGAGGCAUUCAUCUUGCGGGGCACCACUGUAUUUGCUAUGGGUAUCAAGAUUCCUAAAAGCACUGAAACAGAUGUUCAAGUGUUUGGUUUUUUGUUGUUUGUUCUGAAGAACACGUAAGCGAACAUUCAUUUGUGGCUCUUAACUUAAUUAGUUUAACUUGUGUGUUUAUCGGUGACACUCAGAACGCUUUUGGGUGUUGCAUCGCCUGUUUUCUGACCACAAAUUGGGGCUGUGAUAAAGAAGCAGGUUUGAUUCUUAGUGCGUUUCAUUGAGUUCUCUGGGAUAAAGUAAAUUCAUAGCAACCUCCUUUUCACUCAGGAUGUUUGUUCUGCGGUCAGGAACAAGUUUUGCUCUUUCCAAAGUAGUUUCCCGAAUUCAUUCCUCUUAUUUUAGGGAAGUAUGGUAUCCAUUCAGUUUUAUGGGGAUAAAGUAAAUAGUUUUUCAGGACAAUAAGGGAAUCCUACACGGGACUGCAGUAGAUCUGUAUUUACUGUACAGAACAUAUGAGACUUGCACAUACAGCCCACUCGAGGUCCAUCAACAACUGCUCCAGCUUAGAACUCAUUUCUUUCACAAAUGAGCUUGUGGAAACGGCUGGUUUAGUUGAUAAAACUUGCUUUACAGUGUUUCAUGGUAAAACUGUCCCCGUUCCCUGACUUGUUCAUACUGGAAUACUAGUGUGCCAUACACGAUAGGUCAGUUGACCAGUCAAGAAAAAAGAGGGGGAGGGAAAUGGAUAGUACUCUGAUCAAAUAAUGCCAAAUGUUAAAAGGAACAACUUUGGAAUAAAUCUCAAUUAGAACUCAAUAAAAUGCUUUAAAAAUAGUAUAUCACUGCUACAUGUGCCCAGCCAGAUUAUAGAAUUAAUCAUAAAACUUCCAACCUUUGCUGGUGGGAAUGCCAUUUACCCGGCUCUCUUGUACACAUGUGGUGAUUUUAUCAAAAAAUUAUUCCCUUUUAGAAGAAAGUUUUUCAAAAUAAUAAUCUAAUAAUAAUAAUGAUAAUAAUAAUAAUAAAUAUAUAUAUAUAUAUAUAUAUAUUUAAUAUCCCGCCCUCCCCAGCCAGAACCGGCUUAUGAUGGUGCAAUCACUAUAACCAGACCCAAAUAGCCUUACUAUCAUAUUUUACUCCUCAGAUUAAGAACAUAACCAAUAAAGACCUCAUCCUCCAUUUAUUAGCCUCAGCUAGAUUAGUGCUUUCAGAAAAAUGGAGAACUUUAAAUGCAAAUCUUUUUGAAGCCUGGAUUUCUCAAGUAUGCUACAUCAUGCUUAUGGACAUGCUUAUAGACUCACACCUUCUGUACAACAUGGCGUUCUUUUAUUGGCUUGGUUAAGACAAUUGAACACAUUUACACCCUCCAUUGACUCAUGGAACCUUUUAGAGAAACACUUUUAUUGGGUUGCCUUUCUUGGAAUGUCUAAAACUACAACCAUCCAUCGCUAUUUUUCUUUCUUUUCUGUACUACUACUAAGCGCUGCUUUCCUUGUAUGGGUAUGUUUUGUUACUUAUUUUUUUUUUUUUAAAGUCAAAUGGUCAAGUAUUUUUUUUCUUUGCAAACAUUAACUUUGUUAGAACAACAUUUUUAUUGUUCAGUGGGGGGGCAUUUAGUAGAACAGAAACAUUCUUCAAUGAUCAGUUGGUUUGAUGCAUAUGCUGAUUACAAAACAAAUUAGUUCAGCUAUUGUGAAACUGUGAGCAGCAUUCAGUGAUGUCUGCCUGUUUGCGCAAUGGGAAUCUGCAUGCGUUGCAGGACUUCCAGUUUCUCUUCUCGCUCCUCCAGCUCCCCUCAAAAUCUGCUCCAUAGGGCUCCCAUGUAGCUAUUGUAGGGGGAGAGGAGGAAUAACCUCUGUUUCAUGAGCAGAUAUCUGCUUAUGCUACAUUGGUUCUCACACUAUGAAAUAAGCUUUUGUUCUUCUAAAACAACAACAACAUGGAAUUCUUAAAUGUAACAUUUAACAUGAUGUAAAGUUUCUGCAUAUGUGAAAUAUUCAGAGCUUAUUUUUAAGGAAAUUUUUAAAAAGAAACAAAAUUAAGUAACGGCAGUGGUGAGGAAGCCUAAGUCGGUUCACAUGAAUUUGUGCAAAAGAGGUAGCAGGCCAGUCUUUCACCAGCUUGAAUUCCCUUGUUUUUGCAUCUGGCAAGACACAGUCACAGGCAAACCUUCCUAGGCAGCGACCUUUGCCUCUUACCACUGAGUGUAUUCCUUUUGGGAAAUUCCCACAGAGCUAACAGGCAGCCAGUAAGAGAGCUAUGCUGUGCCAGUAGUUGUGCACCUAAUUGCUGCGGGCCCAGAGGGCAAGCGGCCUUUGCCCCUGCCUUAAUGAAAUAAAAAGAGAUAAGCUGCCACCUACACAUUGCCAUUCUUGGCUUCAAAUAAUAGCUGACAAGCCCGUUGGCAGCUUUCGACCAAUAUAGCGACCAGCAUGUCAAACCCUACUAGUGCACCUUCCUUCUUUUUAAGAAGUGCGUGCAAAGUAAACUGUUGCUUUAUUUCUCAAAAAGGACUGAAGAACAUGCUGUAUGUGAGUGCGUGCAGCCUGGAUUACCAUUUCUAGGCAAAGUGCUUUUGUGAGAAGGACAGUUGUAUGGAGAAGCUGCUAGCAAGUUCUUAACCUUCCCUUUGCCCACUGCUUUCUUCCUGUAACUCCCUUCCCAAGCUGAUUUUCUUCCUAUCAAAUCCAUACAAUGCACAUACAAACACUCAGUCUGAAAGCACGCAGCUUGCAUACCCCCCUCAAUGGUUCUGUUUUUUUGUGAGAGAGAGCAUGGUGGCCAUUUUUGGUGCCUCAAUUUUUCCACAGAAAAAUACACUUGGGGGGGGGGGCUAUGAUCUUGUGCAGGUCAUGUGACUCGCAUGGCAAUGCAAACCUGGAAGACGCACAUCCCGGGUUUAUACCUCAACGUGCUGGAGGGUAUGAGCUUGAGGUUGGGGAAGUUACAAUGAAAAGCAGCACACUGAUACAUCUAGGAACUCUUCAUAUUGUAUAUUGCCUCCUCUCAAUAUCGCUUCACUUAGCAGUAAUAUUUGUAUAUGUAUUGAUGUGUAACAUGGUGUUGAGCCCCAGCUUCCAUAGGAGAAAGCAAAACGUUUUACUCCAGGGCACUUAUUAGAAUGAGGACCUGUGGUAUAUAUUACUUAGGUCUUCUAUCACUGCUAAAAUGCACUUUUUGCUAUUUUACAUAAAAAUCUGUGGGGGCUUUAAGAAGAUAAAAUGGGUUUUCUUCCACAUGCAUGUGAUUAACAACCUUCUCUGAAUUUAUCAUUUGCCAGAGAAUUAAAAGACCUUAAAAGCAGUCAAAGAAGAAUCUAAAGUUUCAGCUAAUUGUAAAAUAUUAUAAAUUCACGAGUUGGAUUGUGUUGAAGUGACAAUUUACCCUAUUGUUAUACAGUGGCUUGUGAAUAUGAACAUACAUUUUUAAUAGAAAAAAAGUAUGUUUUGUCCAACCUUUAAGUUUUUUGAACAGUUUACGUAAAAGUCUGCAGUCUUGUACAUAUGUAUUUGGGAGUAAGUCACAUUGAACUUGUUUGGAUUGACAGUCAUAGGAGCAGGCUGCCUCUGCUGUUUCCACAGAGUUUUACUGAGCUGUAUGACUGUUGUUUGAGGCUGCUUGUAUGCUAUUUGUUUACUGAUUUCCUACUCACAGUUCUCUUGGCCUGUGAAUACAGGGACACAUAGCUUGGUCAAAACAUUCCCACUAGCACUGUAUCUUAUAGGCAUUCAUUUUAGGCAGCAGAGAAGAAAUUACUGUCAGAAUGAACCUAGAAGCAGAAUUUACUAACUUUAUUUCAUUUAUAUCCUGGUAUAAUUGCAUUGUCUGGAUGGCAUAUUUCAACACAUGAAACAUUAAAUGCAGUUUAAUUAAAGCUUAAAAAUGAAUUCUCAAAAGUACCCAAUCUGUGUCAACUAGGAAAAGGAUGUUGCUGUGAAGAACUGAAAAGGGUCACAGAGCUGAAAGCUUAUGCUUAGCUUCCUACAGAUCCUAAAUACCAGCAAAUUGAAUGUUCUGUAGACAAGGAUGUCAUCCAGUGUUGCCUCCCACACUGACUGGCUCAACAUAGCAGCUGAGUCCACAGUCAAGUGGAAAUACAGUGUUGGCUGGUAUGAAGGAAAGGAUUAUUUCACUGUGGAAAAUUCACUCUCAGCUGUGUGUGCAGGUUACCAACUCUUUUUUGACUUCAGAAAAGCCAAAUGAUUCUCCUUAAUUCUCAGAGUACACUUACCACAAAGAUAUUCAAUGCAAUGUAUUCAGUGCAAAUUGCCAGCUUAAAUAACUAGAGGUUGUUUUAAUAAUAUCACAGACCGGGUUAGUUGUAGAGCACAAAUGAGCUACACAUGGCAAAAUUAUGCCUGAAAUAGUUGAAAGUGGCAUAGUGACUUAGAGACUGAACUGUGAGUCCCCAUUUUCAAAUCUCUUCUCUGCUGUGAUGUCGUUCUCUCUCAAUCACAGUCCUUUCCAUCUGCAAUAAGUGGGAUAAUACAGGCUUACAUUACAGUGUUGCUAUAAGGAUUACAACCAGAUAAUGCAUGUGAAAUGCUUUGGACACUCGAAGUUGCUAUCAAAUUAUUGUUAUUGUUGAGUUAAAACUUAAAUUAUGGACUUGGAAAGCAUGUUUCGGUUUUUAAACCUACGAUUUAUUUAUUUUGUUGAUUUGUUUAACAUUGUGGAUUUAAUAUUAAUGGGAAUCAUUUCUUGCUUUUAAAACUAAAAUUACCUGUGGAUUUUCUCCUUGCUCUUCUGUGUUGUGAGGUCAGUGCUUCUAGAUAGCUGUGUGUGACAGAUGUGAUUAAUUCAAACACCACACUUGCACUAAAAAUACGCUAUUUAAUUCUGUGGGUGUGAUACUUAGCGCAUACUUAUUUGCUACAAGAUACUGUUGACGUAAAUGCUACCCCCUCCCCUUCUAUUAGGGCUGGGAAGUGUUACCCAGCUUUAGUUGUUGCAGUACAAAUAGCAGUUUGGACUGUAAAUGCUACAGUUGCAUGCUGUGUAUGGCAAAUGGGGCAGACACAUCUUUUAGAUAAUGGUGUCUCUGUAGCAGGCAAAUGGUCCAAUAACAGCUUACGGGCUGUUAUUAGCUCCUCAACCAUUCCACCCAUACCCAAUCCCUGCUCCACAAAAGGCCGUGCUACAGAUGUGCUUGGAUGGGCAGGCUUCAUAUGGUAAGAAAUGGCUUGCUGGGUUAAGCCAUCACUUCACCACCACUGAUGAGUCAGAUGCUAUGUGAAAUUCUAAAGCAGAUCAUUCUGGAGAAAACUAUCCCUUAUUUUUCUCCCCAGUAUCUGGUCACUAGAGUUGUGCUGUCUUGGUUGACCAUUCGCAGAGAAUAGCUACUGCAACACCUACACUCUGUGAAACUGUCUAACCCUUUUUUAAAUAAGCCAUCUAAGCAAGCAACCAUUGAAACCACACUCUGCAAUUAUUCUGAAAGUUAAUUGUGCCAGCCACUAUAUCACAGCAGCUCAAGAUUGCUGGUUUCUGAAGUCACCCUUUAUAAAACUUUAUUCUAUUUUUAUGUAUUUUCAACAAUAUUAUUUAUUUAGGGUCUCUGGAGGCACUAGCAACAAUUGGACUGAUGCAAAGACAUGUACGAUGCAUACAUCAAGCAAUAUCCUGUCUUAAGGCUUAUCCACACUUGCCUCCACCUCCCCCCACCCCCACCCCGGCUUUCCAAGCACAGGUCUGCGCUUUAAAGCUGUAUUUCCAAGUGCUCACUCUUUUGCCCCAGAGCUUUCCCUUUGAAAACUCAUUCUUUAAAGCUGAAGCACAACAAACAACAAUUCAGGGUUUCUGUGGAUUGUUGUUUGCUCCGAUUCAGCUUGAAAGAGUGGGGCUUCACAGGGAAAGCUCCAGUGGGGGAGGGGGGAGCUCUUUGACACAGAAUUUUAAAAUGUGGACUGUGCCUGGAAAGCACAGAGGCAAGGUAAGUUUUCAUUAUAAAUUCUGUAUUUUUGUCGUUUAGUCGUGUCCGACACUAUAAAUACCUUGAUAAAAUAAACAUUAGAUUACUGGCCACUAAGGUUCUUUCUUCCAGACUGUUGCCAUGAAAUCUCUUUUACUGGCUUCAUACUCAAUUCCAAAAGUUCUCUUUUGCAGUUUGGUCUUUAAGCUUUAAGCUGUUCUUGCUAGCCACAAAAAGGAAAAGCUAUCUUGUAAUCCCAAAGUGGUAUUCUCCAUAUGGCUGCUAAUAGCUCCAGAAAGGAAAGGGAAACUGCCAAACCCUGAUCCUAGGGUUUCAGGACUUUACAGAAAGGAGGUAGCUAGGUGCGCCUCUUGCCUAACCACUAGUUCCUAAUUCUACUGAGGAUGAAAUCAUAUUUCUUUCUCACUAUAGACUCCCUGCUCCAUACUGGAGCUCUCCACACUUCACUUCGCUACUGAGCAUGUGCAUAAUUCUUAAAGGAGCAUAUGCAUGUGGGAUACACUUCUUCAAGUGCACCUAAGGUUAAUGAGGCUUUUUUUUACCCUCUUUUCAGAGAUGCCAGGCUCACUGGAAUCAAGCCCUGAUACAAGUUUUGAGAGCGCAUAAUACUCACCAUUGUAGGAGCCAUUGGAAUAACUUUCUCAAGCACUACUUUUGCCUUAUCUACUGGCAUGCCAGCAUCUUUGUUAGAGAGGGGGGUGAGAUUUCAGAUGUCCACCCAUCUCUCUUUUCCUGUGCCAGAGCUCUGCUGCUGCCCCACCUUGAUAUGCAUUGUUUAAAAGGUAGAGACAGUAAAUGAACAGGAUUAGAAAAGCUGGAUAGGUAGAAAGAAGAUUAUGGAUGAUGGAUUGGUGCAAAAAAAAGAAAGUUUUUAAAAGUCUAUUUUUGUGAAAUAGCUUAUGUUCUGAGCCAGUCAGGUGUGACCCAGCAGAAAGUCACUGUUGCUAUUCUUUUCUGUUGAACAGCACAUCCCUUUGCCAUAUCAUGAACUGCUUUUGAAAAUCACCAAUUCAAAAGUGAUUUGCCAUGUGGUAUCAGAGGCUGCUAUUUAAGAAGCAUAUGUUUAAAGUCAUGCAGAAAUAGUUGUGUGUUUCUUUGGAUAGUGACCAAUAUUUUUAUCCCUGCAUAAGUAUCCAAAAUACACAAUCUUUGGAUUAUACAUUUGUGGCCUUUCUAUCUUUAUGCCUUUCAGCAAUAUAAAUAAUUCUCUCUCUUUUUUGCAAUGCUUUUACUGACCUUUGAUAGCUAUACUAAACAUAACCUUUGCAAUUUGACAGAAAGAUCCCCUACUCCACAAGUUUCUUUUCAAGUACAAUGUGUAUUCAUAUAGUACUUCUUUAGUUAAUCCUUGGUAACAUGGAGGAGAAAAUCAAUUUGCAGCUGAAGCAAAUUUCAUAGUAUUGGUUAACAUACUUUAUUAUCACUUAACAUACUGUCUAGUGAAAGUACAGAGACUGCGUAAUUCCUUACUUUAUUGCAGGAAAACAAAUACUGUAACUAUGACAUAUGAUACUUAAAGAAAAAUUGAAUACCUCUGAGAAUUAUUACUUAUUAUUAAUCAGAAUGUUGUUUUGUAAAGGCCACUAAACACAUAAGCCUGACUUGGACAGUUUGGGAUAGAUGAAGGCAGUUACAAGUUGUUUAACCUUCACUGCCUCACCUGGAAUCUGAGGGUAAUCUCAACUAAGCUCUUUUUAGAUGAGUAUUUUUAGUUCUUAAAUCUAAGAACCCACACAUUUUCAUCUAAAAAUGAAAAGUUAUGAAGAGAGGCGUUUCCACCCCCCAGCCUAAUCUCAUCUUUACAUGCUCCCAGUUAUAAACUAUAUUUUAUUCAUAGGUGCCUUAAGUUGGAUGAUUGCUUACUAAAGUCGAAGUCCAGUUGAAAAUGUUGCUGUAUAUAUCUGUUUGCUAAAAGUGCUUUGCAGUCCACAUGACAUUAUUCUGAAAUUCUGGUCUCUCUUUUUAGGAAGAGAUUCAUGUGCUUACUGAUGGGGGAAAUGGGGAAUCUCAACUGAGUGCAACCAUACGGACAUCAGAUGUAACAUUUACCAUAAACUCAUCUGGCAUCCAAUAACCUUCCUUGCUGUUUCAUCUCUUAGAAGAGCUGUAUCUUGUUGGGAUUUGGCUUUAAACAAUUCUCGAUUAAAACUCUAGCUGAUAUAUGGUCUUACUGUGAUGUGGCUUUGAUGGUUUCCUUUCUUUGGCUUUGGCACAAACAGCUGAUCUUGUGCAUUUGUAAGGAAAAGAAGCUGGCCAAUGUUUUUCUUGCUGAUCUGCCUAUGGACUCUGAACUCAGUGCCCUCACAAGCAGAUUAAUUUACUGAUAAAACCGUUGCAGCCUUUGAACAAAAUAAGCAAAAACCGUUUUCCUGUUUAUUCAACCUCUGUCUGCUAAAUCAAGAGUGGGCAACCUUUUUUUUCUGCUGAGGGUGCAUAGGAGAAGCCAGAGUCUUUUUGUUACUUUGCCCUCCUUGCCAUCCACAUUAAAUUGGGCCAAGAGGUUGCCCAGUCCACCCUGACAUAAACCAUGCUUAAGAUACUAAUGAGAGUAUGUCAUAUCAAUGUUGCUUGCAAUCUUUUUUUAGCUCAUAUGGGCAAGAUAGACUGGGAUCUACCAGUAGAUAGCUAGGUAUUUUGAAGUAUAGUGUCCUCCUCCCUUAAUUGUACCGCUGAAAUGAAGAAAUUGAGCAGGUGCAGUAAACUGGAGUGGAAGGACUGUGAGCUCUGCUUAGUUCUGGCCUGCAAAUUCCUGAACUCUGGAUUCUUUUGCUCUAAGUGUAUGCCUUGCACACCUGAUUCUGGCUGGUGGGUAAAAGAGUAGAACCUGCAAGAGUAGAUCCUGAAAGCUAGAAGUCUGCCUCUGACAGUCUCUGCCCUCUUUGGUCAAAGAAGUUGGUCAACUAAUGUGGAGAACGUAUGUAUCACAGGUUUCAAGCAAAAGUUCUCCUCUGAGAAAGUUGGAAUGCAUGAACAGUACUCAUGCUUAAGUAUUGCAGUGCAUGCUUAAGCAUCCUCCUGGGCUGUGUUCAGAAAGUGGUGGUGGGGGAUGAGUGUUCAGACCCCAGGACCCUCACUUAUGGGGUGCCUCAGGGUUCCGUCCUCUCCCCCAUGCUUUUUAACAUCUAUAUGAAGCCGCUGGGAGAGAUCAUCGGGGGGUUUGGACUGGGUGCCCAUCAAUAUGCAGAUGAUACCCAGCUCUACCUCUCUUUCAAAUCAGAACCAGUGAAGGCGGUGAAGGUCCUGUGUGAGUGCCUGGAGGCGGUUGGAGGAUGGAUGGCGGCUAAUGGAUUGAAGUUGAAUCCUGACAAGACAGAAGUACUGUUUUGGGGGGACAGGGGGCGGGCUGGUGUGGAGGACUCCUUGGUCCUGAAUAGGGUAACUGUGCCCCUGAAGGACCAGGUGCGCAGCCUGGGAGUCAUUUUGGACUCACAGCUGUCCAUGGAGGAGCAGGUCAAUUCUGUAUCCAGGGCAGCUGUCUACCAACUCCACCUGGUACGCAGGCUGAGACCCUACCUGCCCGCGGACUGUCUCACCAGAGUUGUGCAUGCUCUAGUUAUCUCCCGCUUGGACUACUGCAAUGCACUCUACGUGGGGCUACCUUUGAAGGUGACUCGGAAACUACAACUAAUCCAGAAUACGGCAGCUAGACUGGUGACUGGGGGCGGCCGCCGAGACCACAUAACACCGGUCUUGAAAGACCUACAUUGGCUCCCAGUACGUUUCCGAGCACAAUUCAAAGUGCUGGUGUUGACCUUUAAAGCCCUAAACGGCCUCGGCCCAGUAUACCUGAAGGAGCGUCUCCACCCCCAUCGUUCAGCCCAGACACUGAGGUCCAGCGCUGAGGGCCUUCUGGCGGUUCCCUCAUUGCGAGAAGCAAAGCUACAGGGAACCAGGCAGAGGGCCUUCUCGGUAGUGGCGCCCACCCUGUGGAACGCCCUCCCAUCAGAUGUCAAAGCGAUAAAUAACUACCUGACAUUCAGAAGACAUCUUAAGGCAGCCCUGUUCAGGGAAGUUUUUAAUCUGUGAUAUUUUAGUGUAUUUUUGGUUUCUAUGGAAGCCGCCCAGAGUGGCUGGGGAAACCCAGCCAGAUGGGUGGGGUACAAAUAAUAAAUUAUUAUUAUUAUUGAAAGUAGUCAACUGCAUUUAAAAGGAGGUCUUUCCUUCAGCCUGUCAGAAAUUUGAUAGGUUUGCUUCCUACUUGGUGAAAUCUGUUGGGAAUGCUGGACAAGAAGACUCAUUGAAUGAUAACUCACAUGGUUUACCCAGAGCUCCCAUCUCUCAUCUGCCUCAGUUCAUGGAAAGCACAAUUAAUACAAUUCCAUGUGCUCCGUAGGCUGGGUGACUACUGCAGAGUGUCUAGCUUGAUGCCUGCAUCAAGCUGAGUUAGCGCCAAAUCAUGAAUGGAAAUCAUAUGUUUCAUUUAUGCUGGUUUCUGUUUGCUUCUGCUGCUCAAGUGUUUCCUCUCCUUCCUCUCCACUUCCCAAGUUCUGCUAUUUCAGAAAUUUCUAAGUAUAACAGCUGCUUCCAUGGCUGCCAUGCUUUUUGUUUCUAGCCACUUCAAGAGAGCUUCAUUUCUGGUCACUGCCACUACAGUAGUUUCCUACAAUUGUACCAGCAAGAGGUCUUAAACCUAUUAUAAAAUCAUUGUUAGAAGCAGUAGGACAUUUUGAGGCGAGUAGAAAGCUGUUCAGAAUCAUCUAGCAUUUGUGUAUGUCAGCCUAAAGACUUGGUUCUGGGCAUUGUAGCAGUUUUGGGCCAUAAUCGCAGGGAAAUAUACCAGAGCAAACAUUUGGGAUGGGUUUGAUUAAUCAAGCACAGUCUUUGACCCGGAAGUUUGUUUGAACGGACAGUGACUUUUUUGUUCAUAGGUUUAUGGUUUCCACACAGUGCAUUGUUGCACAAUGUGUGCAUGAUCAUACAGAAAAGAACCUUGGCUUCCUUCGUGACAUUUCUAGUAAACUUAAAUGACCUGAUGUUACUCUACAUAAGGGGUUUUUACUUUUUAAUAAAGCCUUUACCUAUGGGGUUACUUUAGGAACCUGAUCUUAAAAUUCCUAGAUCCUUUAAAUGCUGAAUGCUUUGAAAUGCCUAUAUUAAGGAAUAUUACAGUGGCUGGAGCACUGAGUCUGAAAAGGAUUGUUUAUGAUGCUCUGAAACUAUAUUUUCUAUAUUUUCUAUAAUAGGCUACAUUAUGAUGGUGGAUUGGAUAGACUUAAGGAGGAAGAAGACAGUAUGGCAGGAGCAAUGGUGUUGUUAAAAAAGGAUUUACAUAGUCAAAUGGUCUUUUGCCAAAAACGGAAAGCAGACCACACACUUAGACUUUAAUACUUUUCACAUUUUGAGAGUAACUGAUACUGAGCUUGGUGGUACUUGGUUCAUACAUAGCACUGGGUUAUUAGGCAUUUACAGCACUACAAGAUUAUUCUGAGCAACAGGUUAUCUGGAUCAGUAGCAAAACAGGGAUAAAGAAAUUCUACCAUGUUUAUCUUCUGUGGCCUACAUUUAUUAUAAUGCUGCAUGUAUUAUAAAUUUGGAUCAUUGAGACCAGCCCUAAAGCUCAUUGCUCCAGCACAGAAGUGUGUAUACCCUAUCCUACAAUUGGCUGCUCUGCUGAGAUGCCCAAAAGACUUAGUCAUUGCGUUACAUUGCAAAUAUGCAAGCAUAAGUGUUUAGCAGGUAUUUUGACUUAAUAUAGCCAAUAUUUGAUAGAAAAAUUGUUCAUCUGUGUAGAAACCUUAAACAUAAAAAUAAGGUUUGUGUUAUUCUAAGCAAGAUCUGUGGGAAUCCAUAAUGCGACAUCCAUAAUAGGAAUCCUAUUAGAAGAGGUUUGUGCAGAACAACAGAGAAACAUAUAAAAGCAGAUGUUUCAAAACCAGCCUCUUGAGAUUUUGACUGGUCCUCAGAGUAUUAAUCAGAGUUACUAAAACAUACAAGCAGACACAAAGAUUUUUAACCACUUUUUUCUUCUAGUUUUCUCCUACAAUGUUAACGCAACUCUUAAUAGCUUGAUGAAGGCCUUUACUGAUUUCAACUGACUAUACAACAGCUGUCUGCAAAGUAUGAGAAUUCUGGAUCAAUGAUUGAAGGUAGUAAUUGAGAAGAGUGCACACACUUCAUCUGUCAAUUUAAAGGGGAAGAGAGUCUCUGGUGAUUUGAUGAGCUUCAUUAGUUGGCAGACAUAACAGACAGUAAAUUUGUAAUUGAUUGUAGAUUAUUUUGCUGGUUAGGUUAGGUUAGGUUUGCUUAGAUUUUCUUUCAAAAUAUUUUUGUUCUAUCAUGGGAUGACAAAGAACAAUGUUUGUUCAAACUCAUGGAAAUGUUUCCCCCAUGCAACAGGAUCUUAUUGGGGAAAAUACAAAAUGUUUUAGAGAGCAAUCAACUUGGGCACUUAAAUGAUUCAGUAGGAUUUGUGUUUUUUAUUUGCACACUACGUGGAGACUACUCCUAUUUUUGGCAAGUAAGCCAUACUUUUAAAAUGAUCCAAUUCCUAUGGGGCAGAAUGUGAAUACAGUGGUACCUCGGGUUAAGAACUUAAUUCAUUCUGGAGGUCCGUUCUUAACCUGAAACUAUUCUUAACCCGAGGUACCACUUUAGUUAAAUGGGGCCUCCUGCUGCUGCCGCCACGCGAUUUCUGUUCUCAUCCUGAAGCAAAGUUCUUAACCCGAGGUACUAUUUCUGGGUUAGCGGAGUCUGUAACCUGAAGUGUCUGUAACCUGAGGUACUACUGUAUUGCCAUAGACAAAAUGGGCAAAGGUUUACCAUCUGAAUGCAUUAUUAGACAUUUCUGUUUUUAGUAUCUUCCAAGGGCUUUGGCACAUCUUUCAGCUAGAAUACAUGUCAUUUAUUUACACUAUGUCUUUUAUCAAAAUUCUCCAGUGCUGUUUCAGCAGCUGCAGUGGAAGCAGAAGCUUGACUCACUGUAGGUAAAACAGUAUAAUAUGCUAGGAACCAUUCUGCUUGACCACACUUGUUCAUUUUCACUGUACCUAUCCCUCCCAUUGAUGCUAAAAUCUAAAAUGAUGCAUUGGCAUGGCAAGCCCAUUCCAGUGUUGUGGCUACUGAUACACAGCCUUGAUACUGAUAACAAAACACGUAUCAGUUUUCAUACAUUAGGUUAAAAAUGUAAUUCUGUCUUUUAUUGUUGAUAAGCCAACAGGCAAGAGCAUGCAAAGAGAAUGAGCACCACGUUAGCCCCUUUCUGGUAAACCUGAAAUAAAUAACCUUUGUAAAAGGCCUUCUCUUUCUUUAUGGAAACAUUGUGUAUGGCUCCUUCACAUAAGCCAGGUUACUACUGCUGUUGUUGGCUGCUUUAAUAUAAACAGGCCCCAGAGUAGGUACAGUCAUACCUCGGGUUGAAUGUGCUUCGCGUUGAGCACGUUCGAGUUGCACUCCGCGGCAACCCGGAAGUAACGGAGCGCGCUACUUCCGGGUUUCGCCACUCGUGCAUGCGCAGACACUCAAAACGAUGUCAUGCGUGGAAGGGGCAAAACGCGACCCGCGCAUGUGCCGUCGUAGCUUACAUUGCGUUCAGGAUGUGAAUGUGGCUCCAGAACGGAUCCCGUUCGCAUCCUGAGGUACCACUGCUUUAGAAUCCACAUAUUUUGUUCUUGACUCAAGUUCUCAUCAUUUGCGUGUUCAGAUCCAGAGACCUCCCUCCUAAACAAAGACACAUUUGACUCAAAUUUUAGUUUUGGUUUUUGGCAGAAUUUAGGCCACAACUUUAUUGAUUACAGAAAAGUGAGUGGUUGCAUAGGCUCUGGUUCGACUAGCUCCCUACACCCUUGCAGGUAGCGCUGACCCAGAGCUCUAUCAUAGUCAUCCAAGGGUGAAGACCUGAGGAAGGUGAAAAGGCUGGGAGCAGACUCUGUUCACUCCCUAGAUGCUCCCCUGGACUGAGGCACGGGCACAACCCCUUUUCAGGGGUGGCCAAACCAAGUUGAGUGCCUGGAUUCCUUUAACGAAAUAUCCUUCACAUAGGAAUGGCGAGACCUUUCUCCCAUCCCUAUCACAUGAACCAGUGCCCAUCCGCAACCUUACAAGUUGUGACGAAUUGCUACGCAGCAGGCAAAACCCAAAUGGCAACAGCCAGUUGGCCAAGUGGGAAAAUUCAUGCCGUGUCCUGUCCUAACAACAGACUACACACGACGGCAUAGCAAGGUCAAUUGCAAAAGGCCCUAAAAUUAGGGAGAGGUGGGCGGGUGUUCCGAUGCACAAGCAGAAAGAUGAAGUUCUGGGUCACGUGCAUGGGUUUAUAUAGGUCCCUCUAUCCAUUUAGACUGCAACCCCAUUGGCCAGAUUGAAACCCAGCAUCGCGGGUGUUAUGUAUUGAAGUGCUCACCCUGGCCACCAGGGGUAUUGUGUACAGUGGUACCUCUGGAUGCGAACGGGCAGGCUGGCUGAGCUGUUCAGUUCAGUUCCAGCUUACUAUAAAGAACCACUUGGAGAAAUCACUGUGUCAUCUACUUUGUCAACCCGCUAAUUAAUACUGGCGACGAAGGUGGGAGGGAAUGGAUGGACAUCAGAGCACAGCCAGAUUCGACACUCACUGAGCUGAAACACUGAGCUGAAACACUGAGCGAAAUCACUGAACAGAACCCAAUUCAGAGCUAACUGUACUGGCUAGAGCACUGUGUUCCAUCCAUCGCCCUCCGUCGGCAUCGGAACCAUGGCUUCACUCGUGCCUCUACUGCCAUUCGCCCCAGCCUCUAAAUCAUGGGACUCAUACCUCGCUUGGUUCGCCUGCUUCCUCCAAGCAAACGAGCUGACGGAAGGGUCAGAGGAGCAUAAGCGGGGCCCAUUCCUCAGCCUCCGUGGGCCCAAUUGGGUGUUGUGGCUAUCCAGUGGACCCACCCACAACCAAGAGGUCAGUCUCCAGAUCUCACUGCAACACGUGCCCUCUUUUAGGGAGGACACGAUUCACAAUAUCUGUAAAGAAAAAUAAUCCUUUUACCUGACUCCACUAUUCUUUCCAACUGCCAGCCUGAAAUUUAACUGCUACUUUGUCUUGUGUCAGUUAUAUGCACCCAUAUAAUCCGUUGUGAUGAAUUUCAUAGGCUCAGCUGUAUUACCUACUUUUGGGCCACCCUGUAUACACAUAGUGUUAUUGUCUCUGGUGGCGACCAGCUUAAGUUGCAACCAUUUUGUGGUGGAUGACCCACCAGUCAAAGACCAGUUGAUCCCCCACUUGUAAUUAUCUGAUCACCUGUGAUAAGAAAUAGUUCCACAUAACUGGACACUUCAGAAAUUGGACACUUUUUAGAACACAGAUGGCUAACAGUAAUGUGCUGAGAUCUAAAUAUGUAUGGGUUUAUAAAUUUUCGUCACUUCUGCAGGCCUGUGCACAUUUAGUUGGUUUUAAGGCUGAUUAGUAUGCAGUUUGUAUGUUUUAUUCCAGUUGUGUAUUUGUGUUUUAAAAUGGAUGUGUAUUUAUGCUUUUAAUAACAACAAUUUUAUUGUUGUUUUAUAAGAAAAGAGGAUAAUAUUAGUUAGUAUAAACUGAUACAUAUGACAUUUCAAAAUGGCUGCUCUCCUUUGCUUCUGAAAAGCGCUUUUGGUUAUAUUACAUUUUUUAACUCAGUAGAAGCCAGAAAGUCAGCUAUAGGUUCUCCUGAUAUGAAGAAAAUGAGUUGGAAGUUAUGAACACCUUGUUUUACAUCUUUACAUAGAACCAUUUAAUCAGCAACAAAUAUGAAACUAUUGUUAGAAGAAAUUAAUUAAAUUUCUUUUAUCUCAUGUGAAACAGGUGGUUCAACUCUGGUAGCUUAGAUACACAGUGUGCAUAUCCUGAGUCCACAAGCUAAAAUACAAGACAGGCUUUAUUUUUCAUCAGCUGCUGUCUGCAUGUUGGUAGUUUUGUUUGAUCAGAAUAGAGCAGUUAUCUUUGUCCUCUCUGGCAUUCAGAAUUCAACAUCCCCCAUUAGUUAGAUGACCAUUGACUGACUUUUUGAUGAGGCCAACAGAUGACCUUGUUUUGACAUGUGUUUCUUCAGUUGAUGUGCUACAGUUUAGAGGGGAAUAAUGGAUAGAUAAUUUGUAAGUCAUGUAUUCAAAUAAUGCAGAAGAAAACCUAGGCUUUGAUAAUGAGGACUUGAUUGAGGUUAUAAAGCUUCUGCAUCCUUUUUUAUAUUUGAUUUUUUAAUUAAAAUCAAGGUUCCUGAUUCAGAGAAAAGGCAAUGUUUCAACAUACAUAUUUUCUCUAAAAUAGAUGUGUAUGAGCUUUUGUAAAAUAACAACAACAACAACAACAAUUUAUUUAUACCUCGCUCAUCUGGCUGGGUUUCCCCAACCACUCUGGGCAGCUCCUAACCGAAUGUUAAAAACACAAUACAGCAUUAAACAUUAAACAGGGCUGCCUUCAGAUGUCUUUUAAAAGUAAGAUAGUUGCUUAUUUCCUUGACAUGUGCUGGGACGGCAUUCCAUAGGGCAGACACCACUACUGAGAAGGCCCUCUGCCUGGUUCCCUGUAACCUCACUUCUCACAGUGAGGGAACCGCCAGAAGGCCCUCAGUGCAGGACUUCAUGGUCCAGACUGAACGAUGUGGGUGGAGACACUCCUUCAGGUAUACAGGACAGAGGCUGUUUAGGCCUUUAAAGGUCAGCGCCAAUACUUUGAAUUGUGCUCAGAAACGUACUGGGAGCCAAUGCAGGUCUCUCAGGACCGGUGUUAUAUGGUCUUUGCAGCCACUCCCAGUCACCAAUCUAGCUGCUGCAUUCUGCAUUAAUUACAGUUUCUAAGUCACCUUCAAAGGUAGCCCCACGUAAAAUGCAUUGCAGUAGUCCAAGCAGGAGAUAACUAGAGCAUGCACUCUGGCAAGACAGUCUGCGGGCAGGUAAGGUCUCAGCCUGUAUACCAGAUGGAGCUGGUAGACAGCUGCCCUGGACACAGAAUUGACCUGCUCCUCCAUGGACAGCUGUGAGUCCAAAAUGACUCCCAGACUGCGCACCUGGUCCUUCAGGGGCACAGUUGCCCCAUUCAGGACCAGGGAGUCCUCCACACCAGCCUGCCCCCUGUCUCCCAAGAACAGUACUUCUGUCUUGUCAGGAUACAACCUCAAUCUGUUAGCUGCCAUCCAUCCUCCAACCACCUCCAGACACUCAUACAGGACCUUCACUGCCCUCAUUGAAGUAUUUCCCCCCAACGAUUUCCCCCUGUCUUUCUUAUUUGUUGUUACCUCCAUAGUAAGAAUCACCAUAACCAGUGCUGCUUAUAAGCAGAUAGAUUUGUCUUCAGCUUCUCAGAUCAGGGCUCAUACUUAGCCUAUGCAUGCAAUGCAUGAGCCAUCUUACUACUGCUGUUGUUUAGCAUAUCUACGUAUGGUGGUAUUGUCUCUAGUGGUGACUACCUUAGGCUGCAACCAAGGGGAUGACCCACCAGUUAAAUACCAGUGAAUUAGACAGUUUUUGAAGAAUGUGCUACAAUUUUUUAAGUCUCUGCAGACUUCUUGUCACUGUCAGCUACAGUUGUAGUUCUGAUACAGGCAGCUGUAACACCUUGUUUUCAAAACACUGGAAUUGCUGCAGAGGAAUAGGAUUGUGAUUGAAAUACUACAGAUUCCUUCCUUUACUUACUUCCCGGGACCAAAAUACUUCUUUAGAACUCAUACAGGCUUUUCCAAAAUCUUAUUCCAGAAAAGCAGCAUGAUGAGUUUUCUUAAGGUUCACCUGACAUUAGCUUUCUGAACUAUAGCUGGCUGGUUUGUUCAUUCAUCUCUACAGGAUUUGGCAGGAAUUGCAUCCUGGUCUUAUGAGUUUGGCAUAUUACUAAAUCCUAUCCUCACGUUGAAGCAUCUCAGUGCUAUUGAACUGUAUCUCUUAACAGUGGAAAGAUAAUGCAUAUUCUAAGUUUAUGAAGUUGCUGGGGAACAUCUGGCAGCAGAGUGGAAGUGAAAAGACAAUUUCAAAUGACAGGAGAAGGCAUGCAGUUGUCCCUCUUUCUAUACCAUAAUUGCCUGCCAGCUCCUGUGACUAUGCAUACAUUCUCCUGUGGCUCUUCAGAAGGAGAUUCCUUCCCCCCACCACACCCCCCCACCCACACUGAUAUUCUCACUUAUAGAGAUAGUUGAAAUAUGGGUCAGGGUGAACCUACCUUCUUUAUUCACGGUCACCUACUUAAUAUACAGUUCGUAUUUCUUCAAUUUUAGCAUUGCUUAUCUGUGAAACUCACCUUCAAACUUUAUUUUAUUAGCAUCACAAAAAUAUUAGAUUCGUUUAAUUUCUGCCUGAGGGGAAAAAUGAAAUUCUGCAUACCUAUAGUACUAUCGGUGUUUUAACAGAUUUUACAUGGCCAUGUAAAUAUUCUCACUGAUUAUGGUAAUCGUGAUAGCUUUACAAGUAGUAAUUACUGUGAUCUGAUCAGACGACCAUUGCCUUUACUGUGACAGCUGUGCCAAUUCGUUGACUGAUUAUUAUUGUGGGCCUGUAUGUUCUGUGCUUAUCCUAGUGCCACAAGCAUCCUCUUACACUUGCUUGUACUAUAGCCACUUCAGAGAUGCAAUGUGUCACGUCCUGUCAAGCUUCUCUAAAAAAAAAUAUCAGAAUGGGUAUGACUGCCCAUGUAUGCAGCCAAGAUUUUCUUUGUAGCACCCUGAAUCCCUAUAUCUCUCUUAAACUUCAUAGUAUGAGUUUGCAAAUAGUAGAUACUCCAUUAAAAGUGCUGAGCAGAGUUGUUAUACCUGUCCAUCAUGGAGGAAGCACGUGCAAAACACAAAUUGUUAUCAUUUUUUUAAAGUGCUGAGUGAAAUCUCAGUCUACCUGAUCAAACUGUUCUACCAUUGUAAAAAUUCACCCCAUGUCAAAAUCCAGUAGUUUCAUUUUAAUGCAGCACAUAUAUUUUAAACAUUACGCCACAUAUACAAUCUUAAUGCCUUGUUUGAGGGAAGAUGGGGAGAGAAUGGCGGCUUAUAGAUGCUGAGGAAAUGCUGUAGAGGUUUUGCCUUGCCUUGCCUUGCCUUAGAUGUAUUUUCUGCCCACCCAAUCUCAGCUGGGGACCUCAAAAUAAGCAGUGUUUUUAACGCAAGACAUUUCCUGAAGGAUGUUGCACCACAGGGAACUUCCCCUUUAUUCUUCAAGGAGACACAGGAUGAAAAUCAAAUUAUGAAAACUGGCAUUACAAGGAUGGAAUGUCUUUGUUAAUGAUAAAAAUGUGGUUGUUACAAGAAGAUGAAAGUUCCUAGUUUCAAACCAGUAUCUAUAAUCAGUAAUAGAAGAAACAACUGUGCUUUUAUAAUACAGCAUUAUAUGGGUCGAGGAAAAUGCAGUUUACGCAUAUACAAGCAUUUUUUCCAUUCUAGCCGUGAUACUUCUAAGUUUUCACUCUGUGUUUGAAGCUCUGUGUGAUAGUUAAGGAUAAAUCUUGUACAAAAUAUUGUCAAAAUAUGCAUUGAUUAGCUUUUUCUGUUAGUUCUUAUUUUAAAAAUGUAAUACAUUCAUUUUUGGAAACAUUUUGGUAUUCUUACUUGCAUGGCAUUGCACUAGAGCAGGGGUAGCUAAAGUAGUGCCUUCCAUAUGUUGUUGGAUUACAGUUCUCACCAUACCUGACCUUUGACCUUGCUGCCUAGGAUUAAUGGGAGCUGCAGUCCAAUGAUUUCAGGAAUGCAGCACUAGAGAAUUAUCCAGUUUUUAUAGAAACUUGCAUCAGUAGGUGUUAAAUAUGAUAAUCUAUAGAAGGAAUAGAUGUCAGAACUGCCAGCAGCCUUGAAUUGCGGCGCUCAGGAGAGAUAGCAGUCCAGGAACUCAGCCAUAAUUUACACUCUUUAUUGCUUCUUGGUGUAUUUACAAGCAGUUCAAAAAAGGCGAUCCGAUCAUCAUGGAGAGUUGUUCCGUCUGACGUCUUUUUUCUUGGGGUGGGGCCAGCACAACCACCUUCCCAGCCCCCUCCUCCUUCCCCUGUGACGAGAGGCACUAGCUCUCGGAAGUACCCCCUCCCUCUCAGAAUCACUCCCCCUCUGAUCUCCCUUCUUCUUCUUCCCUUUCCUCUGAAGACAAAAAGCUACUAAUCAAAGGAGAUUUAUCCCGGUAACCUCCCAUCCUUUCCUCCCUCGCUGUCUUUAGUUCCCUGACAAUAGGUAACCUGUGACCCUCCAAACUUUGUGGGACUCUAGUUUCCAUGAGUUCCAACCAGCAUGGCCAGUUUUCAGGAAUGAUGAGAACUGUAGGCUAACAACACCAGGAAGCCUACAAGUUUCCUGCUCCUGAUCUGCAGCUUUCCAAUACAAAUGACAGCAACUGAAUUAUUAUAGAUAUGCAUUGAUUGUAUAUGAAGUUUUACUUGAAACAAGCUACUGGGAUCUUAAUCUUAAUUGCCUUUUCUAUUUCUUCUUUUUGUUUAGUGUUGAGGGUGAAGCUCCUGGAAGUGAAACAGGCACAUCAUUGGAUAGUCCCUCUACCUAUCAUCAAGGAGCUAUAACUCACAGUUCAGCUCUAAGCCCAGACCAUUACGACCAUUCUCCAUACGGGCUGUAUUCUGUCUCCCCAGGGCAGCAAAGGCCCCGGAGGCCAAAGCUUCAACACUCAACAUCCAUACUCAGAAAACAAGCAGAGGAAGAAGCUAUUAAAAGGUCGAGGUCACUUUCAGAGAGCUAUGAACUCUCAUCGGACUUGCAGGAUAAGCAGGUACUUGAACUGUGCAGUUCUAUGAAUCAAGCUAAAGUGUCAUGGAAAGGUUAUUCAGCCAUUCCUGGAAAAUAACAGGAUAUUAUUUUUUUUGCGAGUCUGUUCCAUAAUUUGGCAUAUCUGAAUAAUAUUAAUGUUUCCUUCUUCUGUCUUUUUCCACGACUUGCUAAAGAAUCAGCUGAUAUUAAUGCUUAGCGAAAUGACUUUUCCUUCAAAGAAAAUGCCUCCCUGUAUUUGUGCUAUGAAUUUGCAUAUGUGGCUCAUUGCUUAACUUGUGGAGCUGUGCCAAUUUUUUUACUAGAGACUGUACCGUUUAAAACCAGAAGGACUUGGUUAGUAUAUAAACAAACUCUCUGCCUGGCCUCUGUAUUAACAAAGUCCCCAUGCUUUCAGUCAAUCAGUGCUUCUUUUAAGCUUUCUUUUAAGACUAUGAACCAGGGUUUUUGCAGUUCUAGGCAAGAUUGGCUUAAUGAUUUUUUUCUGCCCUACCUCUGACUCUAGCAAAUCCAUAUUACCAAGACUACAACUUUACAUGGCAAAGCCCACAUUAACACACAUUUCUGGUAUUUCUUUUUCAAGAGGACAGAAGGUUUACUUUUAAAAUUAAGAAAUGAACAGAUGCUCAUUAGAAAGCAGGCUACCAGUUAAAUUAUUUUACUUACCCAUAAAGUUGUGAAUACUACAAUACUUGUCAAUUUAGGAUCUCAUUUGAAGUAUUUUCAUUUGUAUCACAUCAUUUGUGCUGUUUACACAGUUUAGAAUGUUGAAAUCCAAGAUGAAUAUUGUAACUAGUAAUCAGGACAUGCUUAGUAUAGGCAGAGGGCCUUCUGGGCAGUGGCACCCUCCCUGUGGAAUGCCCUCCCAUCAGAUGUCAGGGAGAUAAAGAAUUUCACAACUUUUAAAAAACAUCUGAAGACAACCCUGUUCAUGGAAGUUUUUAAUGUCUAACAUUUUAUUACUUUUUAUAUUUUGCUGGAAACCACCCAGAGUGGCUGGGAAAACCCAGCCAGAUGGGCAGGGUAUAAACAAUAAAAUUAGUAGUAGUAGCAGUAGUAAGCGAGCAUGAAGAAUUUAUUAAAGAUAGAAUAUUAUUAUUUUGACAAUUCAUUAAGGGCCUACAAUUUUUGAAGCACUGGAUAAAGAUAAAAUGAUUCAAACAUGAUAAUUUCUUCAUUCCUCCUUUUGCCCUUAUUCAUCUCUCUCAUCAUAAGCUUCCCAGGAGCACUGAGUUCACUGCUGUUGGAGACAUACUGUUGAACCAGAUUGACCCCUCCUUUAUGUUCUUAUUUUGAAUAAAGGGAAUUUCUUUAUGGUCUGCCUGCUGUGGCCAGGUGCAGACAUAAUAUUCCCAAUUGACUAGAUUGUUUGUCCUCUGACCUUUGUGAAUACUUCCCCUCUUCCUUGGUUUCACCUUAACCAUUACAUUUGCAUCGGUACUAACUAUGGUUCAUGCUAAUCAGCAUUGCCCUCAUAAUCAUGAACUUGAAGUGGGUUUGCACCUAGUUAUGAGGGAAUCUAGUGAAUGUUAAUAAAUGCAGAUAGAACAUUGUUGCAUAACUAAAGCAAACAGAUGCCAUGAAGGAGCAGUGGUGCUUACCUGACCUCCUAAUAGCUGAGUCGCUGCUGCAUACCAGAAGAGAGAGAGGACAGCCAAGUCGCUGCCAGCGUUUUUUCACUACAUUGACCUGUCCCAUUACACAGUAGUGAUUCAGCUGUCAGGAGGGCACGUAAGUGCUGCCACCCCACCAUGUCAUCCUGUACAAAAGCAAACCAUGGAACAACAGCAGCAGCAGCAACAAUUUAUUUAUACCCCGCCCAACUGGCUGGGUUUGCCCAGCCACUCUGGGUGGCUCCCAACAGAAUAUUAAUAACAAUAAUAAUAAAGCGAUAAAACAUCAAACAUUAAGCAUUAAUAGAAGGUAAAUAAGGAUUCGUUUAGGGGAGGGGAAUACAGAUGCCUGCAACAUGUUCCUGGUAUUCUCACUGUGAAUUUGGAAGCAGAAUCAUUUGAAAGCAAAUAAAACAUGCCUGUCCAAUAGUUUAGUACCGUAAAAUGACUUGUGAUAUUGAGACUAUUAACUGAUCCUUUUUUUAAAAAAAAAAAUGCUUGAGGUGAAAAACCUCAACUUUUUUUUAUUAAAAGUAAUCACUGCAAGCAGUUCUAUAAUGUGAACUUCAGCUUAAUUCAAAUUUUAACAUCCUAUUUUUUUACUACUUUGCCUCUUUUAAAAAUACACCACUGCAGUGUUGAGAAUCAUUGGCAGUGUAUCAUAUCAACGUAGCCAAGGAUUUUCAUAAUUGCAAAUGCACACAAAAUUCUUGGUGGAAAGAAUAUAAAAUAGAUUAACAUGGAUCGUAAUAACUCUUGUUAAAUCUCCUGCGGGUAUCUGUGAAGCAGACAAGUUUUCUCCCAAUUCAUACAAGGAAAGCCUGAGGGAGGAAGUUUAAGUGUGAAAUGUCAUCAGUAAAAUUGUUCAUAACUGUUGAAAGGAAAAUCUGACAAGGAAUUGAUUCAAUUAUACUCCAAAGGCACAGAGAAUGCAAUUUCUUGCUUUGUUAAAAUUUCAUGUAUGCAGCAUAUACAGUGGUACUUUGUAAGUCGAACAGAAUCCGUUCUGGAAGUCCGUCCGACUUCCAAAACAUUCAGAAACUAAGGCGCGGCUAAGGCUGCAGCCAAUCGGAAGCCACAUUGAACAUUCAGGUUCCAAAGAACGUUCGCAAACCGGAACACUCACUUCCAGGUUUGCAACAAUCAGGAACCCAAACGCAAGGCGUUCGGGAUCCAAGAUACGACUGUAUUGGAACAUAGGAAGCUGCCUUAUAUGAAGUCAUACCACUGGUGCAUCUAACUCAGCAUUGCCUGCACUGACUGGUAAGCAGCUCUCCAGAGUUUCAGACAACGGACACUUCCAGUCCUGUCUGGGGAUGCUAGGAAUUGAACCUGGGAUUUUUGUGUGCAAAGCAGAUCCUGAGCUAUGGCCUUUUCCAUGGUGUGGCCACUCUAAACAUAAUUUAAGCUUAGGAAAUGCAAGGGUCAGUAACUGGUAUCAUUAGUUCUAUAAAGGAGCAAUGCAACGUGACCAUAGGAAACUAGGUUAGCUGCAGACCUAAAAAAAUACUUCUUCAAGUUCAAUUACAAAAACCGUUUGCAUUUAAUGUGGUUGAGUAAAUAACUAUUUUUGCCAAAUUCUUUUCAUAAAGAAUACCAGUUGUUCUAUUUAAUUCUUAUCUAACUUCUAACUGCUUGUAUCAGCAUUUAAAAAAAACCACACACACCUCUUUAUUUUAUUUAUUUUGAGGUUUCUAUCCCAUACUUCUAGUAUCUAAGCACUACUCAUGGAAGCAUACAAUUUAAAAUCACAACGCCAUGUGCAAUUUAAAUUGUUGCACUUGUUUUAUGUGCAGAGGUAAGUGUCAUAUCUUUCUGUGUUAAUAAAAUAUACUUGUGAGACAGUUAUGAAAAGUAUCUUCUUGGUGGAUCAUUUUACGUGCACUUGUACAGGUAAUUUUCUAUUGUCCCGAGGUGGCCUUUACUUACUGAGCAUAUUUCCAUCUCAGAAAUCUUUUUAGAUCGUAAGUUUCCUAGGAGAUACAUUUUUCUGAGCUAAUUUUGAAACACUUAUUGCCUCAGUACUGUAUUAGAGAGCCAUGCAGUAAGCACUCUUAGUGCAUGAGUAUUAUCAAAUAUUUAUAUUUUCUUUUUAGGUUGAAAUGCUAGAACGGAAAUAUGGAGGCCGUCUCAUAACUAGACAUGCCGCUCGUACAAUACAGACUGCUUUCCGCCAGUAUCAGAUGAACAAAAACUUUGAGCGGCUUAGAAGUUCUAUGUCUGAAAAUCGUAUGUCAAGACGCAUUGUUCUAUCCAAUAUGAGAAUGCAGUUUUCGUUUGAAGGACCUGAGAAAGUCCACAGUUCCUACUUCGAGGGGAAGCAAGUUUCUGUUACAAAUGAUGGGUCAAAACUAGGAGCCCUUGUCCAAUCUGAAUGUAGUGACCUUGGUGAAUCGGCUACAAUGAAAUCUCCAGCAGCGUCCACUGACUUUGCUGAUGCCAUAACGGAACUGGAGGAUGCUUUUUCGAGACAAGUAAAAUCUCUUGCCGAGUCCAUUGACGAUGCAUUAAAUUGUCGUAGCAUGCACUCUGAUGAGGUACAGAUACCUGAUCAAGUCAGAAGUCGGGAAAUAGAGAGGGACAGUUGUCAAACUAAACCAACAAGCCAUAAUGUGGACCACAGGAAACUUGAUGAAAUGACUGCAUCUUAUAGUGACGUUACAUUGUAUAUUGAUGAAGAAGAACUAUCCCCACCACUUCCUCUUUCCCAAUCAGUAGAUAGGCCAUCUAGCACAGAAUCUGACCUAAGACUUCGGUCAAUGAACCCAUCUCAAGAGUACUGGUCUAUGACACACAAGGAUCAUAAGAUAGAUACGGACACGAGCUGCAGAAGUACCCCUUCACUAGAAUCCCAGGAACAAAGAAUGAGAAUGGAUCAUUUGCCUUUGCUAACUAUAGAACCACCUAGUGACAGUUCAGUGGACUUAAGUGAUCGCUCAGAGAGGGGAUCAUUAAAGAGACAGAAUGCAUAUGAUCGAGGAAUUACUAGUACGCAAGGUAGUCCCAAGCAUAUCUCACAUGGCAUCCCUACCAAGAUAAUUUCCCGAGAGGACCAGGAGACUAGACAUAGACCAAGGCCUAUUGAUAGCCACUUAGCCAUUAAUGGCACAGCAAACAGGCAAAGCAAAUCUGAGUCUGAUUAUUCUGAUGGAGACAAUGAUAGCAUUAAUAGCACUUCCAAUUCCAAUGAUACAAUAAACUGCAGCUCAGAGUCUUCUUCUCGAGACAGCUUAAGGGAACAAACAUUGAGCAAGCAAACGUACCAUAAAGAGACUCGCAAUAGCUGGGAUUCUCCUGCCUUCAGUAAUGACAUCAUCAGGAAACGUCACUAUAGGAUUGGAUUGAACCUUUUUAAUAAGUGAGUACAAUGCAUUUUUUACAUAGAAAAGAAAUUUAUCACCAAAUCGCAGGAUAAUUAGAUAUUUCUGCAGCUCCAUUGUGAAGGUUAACAUGAUCGCCAACAAUGGCUGUCUUUGGGUGUCAUGCUAAACCAGGGUUGGGGUUGGACUGCAACUCCUAUCAUCCCUGAUUAUUAAUAAUGCUUUCUGGGGCUGAUAGGAGUUGAAGUCAAAUAUGGAAGACCACAGGUUCACUAUCCAUGUGCUAAGCUAUGGUUUAGCAAAGUGUGGGUGAGCCCAGCCUCCUCCUAAACAUGCAGCCAGAAGGAUGAGUUCAGAAAUUUAUGGUUUGUUGUGUCAUCCGGACCAACAAAUGGUGGUUAGUUUCAAGCAUCCAACAUCGAACCAUGGUUUCUGAAGUAGUUUGUUUGAACUAACCAUAGUUCACCAUAGCUUCAUGUUCUAAUGAAAUAGCAAGCUGUGGUUAACAGAUAGCGGAAGCAAAUUCUUUCAAAUUCCUCCUGUGAGCAUGUUCAUGUGUCACCAGACCAUAGUUUAGAGUCAUGUCUGAUGCAGCCCUUUUGUGUGCACACUUGUCUUUUCCCUGUUUUCAGCAUGUUUACUUUCUUCUCUCUUCCCACCCUUCAGUUGCCAAUUUACUGCUUUAAAUGCCAAUUAUUAUUUAUUUGUAUUUAUUUAUUUAUACAUACAUACAUACAUACAUACAUACCCCGCCCAUCUGGCCGGGUUUCCCCAGCCACUCUGGGCGGCUUCCAACAAAACACUAAAAUACAAUAACCUAUUAAACAUUAAAAUCUUCCCUAUACAGCGCUGCCUUUAGAUGUCUUCUAAAAGUUUGGUAGUUAUUUUUCUCUUUGACAUCUCAAGGGAGGGCGUUCCAUAGGGCGGGUGCCACUACCGAGAAGGCCCUCUGCCUGGUUCCCUGUAACUUGGCUUCUCACAGCGAGGGAACCGCCAGAAGGCCCUCGGCGCUGGACCUCAGUGUCUGGGCAGAACGAUGGAGGUGGAGACGCUCCUUCAGGUAUACUGGACCGCAGCCGUUUAGGGCUUUAAAGGUCAGACCAACACUUUGAAUUGUGCUCGGAAACGUACUGGGAGCCAGUGUAGGUCUUUCAAGACCGGUGUUAUGUGGUCUCGGCGGCCGCCCCCAGUCACCAGUCUAGCUGCCGCAUUCUGGAUUAGUUGUAGCUUCUGAGUCACCUUCAAAGGUAGCCCCAUGUAGAGCGCAUUGCAGUAGUCCAAGCGGGAGAUAACUAGAGCAUGCACCACUCUGGUGAGACAGUCCGCGGGCAGGUAGGGUCUCAGAUCAAAACUUUCAAGGUGUUAUAUGGUCUUGGCGGCCGCUCCCAGUCACCAGUCUAGCUGCCACAUUCUGGAUUAGUUGUAGUUUCCAGGUCACCUUCAAAGACAGGCCCAUCUGCUGCAUCCAACCAAGUUCUGUUACACAUGCCAGGUCAAGUCCUCCAUCCAUGAUCAAGUCAUGGAUGGCAGUGGUCUUAUGAAUCAUUGACCUGGCAUUGCACAGCAGCACCUUCAGGUCAUGUUGAUUCUAGUAUCCAUCCGGUCAGGACCAGACCCAAUGUGUGUAUCUUGGACACACACACACACACAGAGAGAGAGAGAGCGAGCCCUUUUGUUGUCCUUCAUAUAAGAAACAUUUUCUUUUAAGCAACGUUAAAAGGACAAAUAAGUUUUUUCCAUCUCAUCCAUUACUGUUCUAAUCCAGUGCCAUCAGAAAACAGUCAUAUUGGGGUGAAAUCCAGUGUUAAACCCACUCAGAGUAGACCCACUGAAAUCAAGGCAAUAGGUCUACUCUUAUGGCUUAGUUGGAUAGGACCCAUUUUUUAGAAAUUAUUAACAAUUAACAAAGCUAUUUGCUCUGGCCAGAGUGUGCAAUAGGGUUAAAAAUUAUUUGUUUUUCCAAAGGGCUUCCUUACUUUCCUUAAGCAUAUAUGCUUUUUGACGUAACUGGCAGUGCUUUCCUUCCUGAUUUCUUCAUAUCUAAAUAUUAUAAAACAGGCUGUCUACAUAUUAUUGUAAUAGAUUUAAUACUGAGCAUGGAGUUUAAUUUAUUCAGUACCAUAUGGGUUAAGUUAGUAUUGCCGAUAGUGUAGUGGCUGAUUGUCAAAAUAUUUUUUCACACACUACAUAUACUUUAUUUUCCAUGUAAUACAAUGUAUGAAAAUUGCAUAUUUUAAAUUUAUAAUUUCUUUUCUUGAGACAGCAUGGAACUAAUACAGAUGGCAGAAGGUAAUAAAUAGUGAUUUUUAAAAAUCAAUGUAUUGUUAGCCUUACAGUAGCCUAGUGGAAGAGUUAGAUCUAAUUAAAUUAGUGUAAUCUGAUUAUUCUAUUCAUUGGCAUAGUCCUGCUUACCUUUGAUUGCUCCCAAUAUGUUCCAUAAAGGCCUUUGUACACUGUUGGGGCUAAAGAAAGGUAUAAUCUACCAUUCUGCUGUUCCAUGCACAACUGGAGGGGCGUACACUGACGGCUCAGAGCCUCAACAAAUAUGGGUACACAGGGCUAGGAGACUUUAUUGACCCAGCAGGCAUGCAAUAAUUCAUGUUGUUGUGAUUGCCAGGCGCAUUGACAGCAGCUCCUCCUCUGAAGCACAAGCUGUGUCGCCCUGUUACUUGGCAAGGAGCUGUUGCAGCUGCUUAUGCAGUCACAAUUAUUGUUGCACAGCUGGAGAUAGGACAGAGGUUUACUGGAGCCAUACUGCCUGUACAGGUGGAAGAAAGAAUCAGCGCAGCUGCUGAGGCUCAAGCUGCAAACGUUUAGGAUAAUACUGUAGUAAAUUUUGCCAUCAUUAAAGGGGCAUAUUUAUAGCACUAAGUUUUUGUGAAAUACAUACACAACUGGCUUGUGCUGAACACCAUGGCUUGGCAUUGAAUGUGUGAGCUUUGGGGUCAUUUGCCUCCUCCUCCUGUUGUAGGAAUGCCAAGGUCUGGUGUGCCAUUUGAAUUGGCAAGCUACUGUAGGUUUUUGCCUUCCAAACCAGAACUGGGAAAAUGUCCUUUACAUUGGUUUUUUUCUUCCGGUUUGGAGGGCAGUUUGGAGUUAACUUGUUUGGUUGUAAUGGCAAAUUAUGGUUUGCUUGAAACCAGAAGUCAGAGAGAGAAUUGAAGCAUUUGUAGAAAGGCUGGCAUGUAUGAGCUGAGGCUUGCUUGUGUAAUGCAAAAAUAUAAGAAGCAGCUCAAUACUUUUUUAAGGCAGACAAUUUGUUAUAUCCUACCUAGCUAAACAUAGUUUGCUGCACAUGGUUUAAACAAAACCUUGAAAGAAUCAUUAUUUUUACCUAGGUGCACUGUCAAUUUUAUUUAGGAAGUAACCCAGCUGUGACAUUUUAAAUAUUUAAAAUCUUUAAUAACUUCACUCUUAUUUAUCUUUCUUAAUAUAUUUAUAUUCCACUUUAACUCCAAGGAAUUCGAGAUGGUAUAUAUUGUUUUCCUCUUCUCAUUUUAGCCAGGCAACAACCCUCUAAGGUAAAUAAGGUUGAGGAGAAUGGUUGGCUGAAUUCCUAGUCUGACCUCUUUAAGCACUUUACUGCACUGGCUCUUCCCAUUAAAGAGAUGAACAAAAGAGCCACAUCAUAUAAGUACUGUGCCUUUAAAGUGCACGGUUUUCCACUAAGAAUCCUGGCUCCCGUAGUUAGUUACGGGUGAAACUACAGUUCCACGGUUAUUUAUGCAGCCUUGUGAUUUAAUGUGUGUUUAAUCUGCUCCCUGUCUUUAACAGUAAAAAAAUAAUGUUUUGUUGCUGUUGUUUAAUCGUGUCCGACUCUUCAUGACCCCAUGGACCAGAUCACACCAGGCACUCCUGUCUUCCACUGCCUCCAGCAGUUUGGUCAAACUCAUGUUAGUAGCUUCGAGAACACUGUCAUCUGUCAUCCCCUUCUCCUUGUGCCCUCCAUCUUUCCCAACAUCAAGGUAUUUUCCAGGGAGUCUUCUCUUCUCAUGAGGUGGCCAAAGUAUUGGAGCCUCAGCUUCAGGAUCUGUCCUUCCAGUGAGCACUCAGGGCUGAUUUCCUUUAGAAUGGAUAGGUUUGAUCUUCUUGCAGUCUAUGGGACUCUGCACGGCAUAGCUCACACCUUCUCUGAGUUAUUCAAGCCCCUUUGCCACGACAAGGCAGUGAUCCAUGAAGGAGAAAUAAUGUUUUAAUUAAGGCCAAAAAGAAAAUGUGGUUUGGAAACAUUUUUUUAAGUUUUAAUGCUUUUAAACCAUUCAGUUUGGUUUUAACUUUGAAAUUCUAUGAUGCUGGUUUGGACAAACCUGAUACCAAGAAUUCCUCUCUCUCCCCUUCAGUUAGCUUAUUGAUCUGUGUUGUUGUUAGCUGCUGAUGCAUCUUGCUGUGAUGCAGGCACACCCCUUUUGAGGUCUCACAAGAACUGUGAGGAUUAUCACUCCAUGGAAUUAUCAGGUGCCUUUCAUUUUUGACUUUUCAAAGUACUCUGAGGCUGUUGCUGAAAAACUAAUCCCAAUACAGUAUUCCAUGUGGGAGAGACCAUAAGAUGUUUUAAAUGGUUUCGCUAUACUGAUUGGUGUCAAUGCAGAAUAAAUGCCUGCUUUUUCUUGAUGAUGUGGUAGAUUUCAAAAAGCCAGACUAGGAGUGCUAUACAGACUAGAAACAUUACACAAUAAUCUUAUUUUAGCUUGCUGUAUGAGUUUUGUUAGUUGUUUGCUUUUUCCAGUUCAGCUUUCUUGUCUAGUUGGUUUCCGCAUUCUUCAGACACAUGUUGAAUCAUCCAUAUUCCAGGAAUAAAGGACUUUAUGAGUUACGUACAUGCAGUUUGCUUAGUGUUGUGAAUCACAUCAGACAGCUUGAGCAUCGCACAGUUCCUACCUCUGUUACUGUGAAGCAUUUUUAAGAAGGAGCACUGAGAAAGCAUAGCCAUGUGCAGGUCCUCUUAUUCCCAGUCAUGUGAACAUGCAGUGAACCAUUAAAUUAGGUAAUGUUUGAUGUAAGGUUUUACAACGGAUGAGGGGUAUAAAAUAUUUUUUUGUUGCAUUGGUCUGUAAGUGAUUUGACAUAAUUAGAAGAUCAAAUAGUUUUUGGCUAAAGGCCAAAUGCAAUUUCCCCAUUGCCUGCUGUGUUUGUUUGUUUGUUUUAAGAUGACAGUCAAAGCGCUGCUGAGCACUAGCAUAUAUUGCAAGCCCCCUUCCACCUCAUAGAUUCCGUACCUGGUGCCUUUUGGUAUACAGAUAGCCCCCCCCCCAACUUUACGUGCAUUCAGUAUGUGUGUGACUGUGUAUAUGUGCAUCGCGUUGAACCCAGAAGUGACCUGGAAACAUAAAGAUUUAACUGAAACAUCACUAAAAGGGCAGGACUGAACAGGGUGUUUGCGGUCUUUUUCAGUGGGUUUCAAAUAUACAUGAUUUCACUGACUAGGAAUGUAACCCCCACGUUUAAAUGGGGGGUUGCCCGUAUUAUUUGGGCAGCUGCAGGUUUAACUGUUUUCUGUCACUUGCUUACUUUUUAUAUUGUUUUACUGUUUAUUGUAAGUUGCUCUGGUUUCAUUAGAGCAGAAGGCUGGAGUGUGAAUAAUUUCAAAUAAAUAAAAGUUAUCUUUAAAAAAAAACCUGCGUUACUAAUACAGACAGAUACAGGGAGAGAGUUCACAGGGUGUCCCUCAACUUGUGGGUUAGUUUCUUUGUUUACUUACUUACUUACUUACUUACUUACUUAUUUAAGAAAGGACACUUCAAUAACAUACAAGAAUAAAUAAAUAAACUGAAAAAUGAAACGUACAGACAAAAUGAACUUGUGGAUUUAAUGGUAGCUCUUGUCUUUUCCCAUUUGUGACAUGAACUGGCUGCCUUCUAAAUAUUUAUUUGUUAAAAGUAGCGGACGAAUGCUGAUGAAUUUAUUUGUUUAUUCAUUCCCUAUUCAUUUAUUUGAAGGAAACACUAUUUUAAAGAGCAAAUCUGCUCCAGGAAGCAGUUUCUUGUGUGUAGGAGGUUUCUUGAUGACAUGGGCAGAGAAGAAGAAGAGUUUGGAUUUGAUAUCCCGCCUUUCACUCCCUUUAAGGAGUCUCAAAGCGGCUAACAUUCUCCUUUCCCUUCCUCCCCCUUCCUCCCCCACAACAAACACUCUGUGAGGUGAGUGGGGCUGAGAGACUUCAAAGAAGUGUGACUGGCCCAAGGUCACCCAGCAGCUGCAUGUGGAGGAGCGGAGACGCGAACCUGGUUUCCCAGAUUAGGAGACUACCGCUCUUAACCAGUACACCACAGAGUGACAUUCUGGCAUCGUGCACAGCCAACUUUUGCAUCACAUUUGCAGAAAUUUCUUCUUCUUCCAAAAAUCAGCUGUGAAGAGAACCAUAGUGAGGACUCAGCCAAAAAACACAAUAAUCUCAAGCACCUUAUAUGCAAGUAGGAUUGCUUCCAAAGAAAGAUGCACCUUUAACAUACAGGUGUAUUUUAACAAGCUUUGCAAACUCUUGGUGUAAAGUUGCAUCUAAGCAGGCUACAGCCCAUUUUGCUUCCAACCUUUUUACAAGUUAUCUCAUAGUGCUACUGCAAUACAGCUGCUAUCACAUUUGCAAAGCUAAGCAAAUGUUUCAAAUUGGACAAAGGACUCAGGGGGAUGGACUAGAUGACCCUCGGGGUACCUUCUCGUUCUACAAUCCUAUGAUUCUAUUAAAUAUGAGAAAUGUCUGUUAAAGGUCUUCAUGAAAGUGAAUGUCAGCCUAUUGGGAGUUUAGUAUAAAAGAGUGUCUUUACAACACCUGGAGUGUAGAUUACUCCGUAAUAGCAACAGAAAGACUUCUUAUGACUUUUCUCUUUUAAAUAAAUACUCAGUAAUAUGCAUAGAGAGGAAAAGGCUCAUAGCAUGAAUCAGUUCAGGCUGGCUGCGUUCAAAAAUGUAGGGCGGGGAUCCUUUAUAGUCAUUUACAGAGAAUAUAUAAACCUUCCCUAAUAUUGAAAAUCCAGCCUUCAAAAGGCUAUGGAGUCCAUUAUUAGCAGCUUGGAAUAGCCUCACAAACUGGAAUGGAGUCAUUACAUCACUCCCAUCCAAUCAGGUCCAUCUAGUAUUAAACAUUCCAAGCACACAAUUUGCUAUAACAGAGCUCCGUGCUAGGAUUAAGCAAAAUUCUCUUGCCACAAUACCUAGAGAGCUGAUGGGGAUAUAAUUUUGUUGUGAAGUGCCCACUAUAAAAAGGGAAGGCCAAGCAUAUGUCUGAUUGUAAUUAUGGAGGUCAGAAUUUGCCAGUUCAUUUACUGUUCCCUAGAAUUCAGGCUGGUUAGAUUAUCCAAGUGAAAAGCAGAGGCAGCUGCCUUUUCAGCUAUUUAGAGAAUGAAAAUUUAUUAGUAGUGAAUGCAUUGCAAGAGGGAAGAGAGGGACUGCAGCAUGUGAGGAUUUAGGACAAUAUGGCUAAAGAACGGAAGCAUCAGAAAUGGGGAGGGGGGAAACAAGCAACAAUAUAUUUAAAAAUGGUAUUUGGGUAAGCAGUUGAUUUCCACAAGUAGUUCUCCAUCAUGCAUCAAAUUGCUGUAGCCUCCCUAGUUUCUGGCAGUCAGUCCUAAUGUAAGGUUACCAGACGUCCCUGUUUCGACAAAAUCCAUUCAAGUUGAAAAGUGUCCCUGGAUUCAUUGGAAAAAAUAUGGUAACCUUAUCCUAAGGCCUGUUUAAAGAAUUGGAGUGGGGCUGUCCUUAUUGUUUCUUUGUCCCAGGGUUUCUCUGCACAACUGGAAAUCGUUAUUCACCUAGCAGCACAUGCCAACACACCUUCUGCACUCCAUUUUAAGACUAUUACAAACCAAAGGCUUUGGGGCUUUUCUUAUCUCCUUCCUCCCUGCUAUCUUGUUUAAUUUCCAGCUUGUAGAAGAGUUCUGGAGAAUUCAAAAACUUGCUUGCUACUUGUGACAUUUUAAACAGUCCUCAUAAAGACCUUCUGUGGGUCUUUGAUAAUCUCCUAAUGGACAACAAAGUCUAUACCUGGUAGACAGGUCUGGUGCCAGGAUCUGGCCCACCCAGACAGCUGCUGGAGUCGCAUUGCCGGGCAGCUGGGUCUGGGGAGCUUACAUUAACAAUGUCACACAAGUAGCACUGGCUUAGUGUGAACAUAAGAGCUCAUGCAGGCUCCUGGCAAAGUGAUUGUGGCUGCUUUGCUUUCUCACUGGUAAUUUAGCUUGCAGUGAGCAUGAGGCAUAGUUUGGCUUGGUUGCCAUCUGAACCCAGCCAUAGCGUCUGGGACACUGAGAAUGGAAAUUGAGAAUGGCUGCUUCCCAGCCAGCCACAACUAUUGCCAUGCAACAAGUGCAGGGGUGUGACGGAAAGCUCAGCAAGACCAGAGUUUGGUGAUGCAGUGCUUUGGAAUUCCACCAGAGUGCUGAGCUGUAUGUUCACCUGAUUGGCUGUAGAUACAGCAAGCACUUUGGGAGGGGGAAAAGAAAAGGGGAUUGAGAGUUGGGAGUUGGGUGUUCUUGGUGUUCAGCUGGGUAGAAGUAUAGCUCCUGAGCUGUGUGUGAGAGAUCCACUCUGAGGAAAAUAUCUGCAGCCAAAGAAGGAAGUCUCUGAGCUUAGUUUGAAAUACAGCAAUUAGUGUCCUUUUUCAGGAGUAUACAGACAAGAGAAAAAAUGGGAAGCUGAAUUGGGAACAGGAGAAGUAGAGAUAUUAGUGAACACUCUACUUGGGUCUCCAUUCAGUAAGAAAGGGAUAGAACGUCUUGAGAAAGAGAAGAAUCCCAAACCAAUUAGGAGGCGUUUGGUGAUCCCCUGGGUCUAUUAUACUGCUAGAGGAGCCCCAGGGGUGUGAUUAAUAGAAGGUUAGGAAACUGACAGAAAGUACCACCUUGUUUUAGAACCCAAGUACUAAGAACAAAGCUAUACAAUUAAGCUUAAGAAACUGAAGUGGGAAAAACUGAAAAGAAGUGUUAAAUCUGAACAAAGAGGUUUACAUGCUUUUCUGCUCUUGAAUUAUUUGAUCGUGUAGUGUAGUGUUCCCUUCACUUCUACCAAAGAAUGGAGUGACCAAGUAAAUAUAAACUGCCCUUAAUUCAAGUAGUAGCUAGCUACAGUGUGCAUGGAACCACUACUUUAGCUAGUCUUCUAUAUUUUCCUGCCCUGUGAUUUCUCUGCUUUCCUAGAUAUUGGCUCAGAUACAUACUGUAAGUGGCUCUUGUUACUCAUCUGCAACACAAUAUGGGUUAGUGUCUCACCAAGUGGCUCUCUGCAUAUAUUAGCAGACUAUCAAUCAAUAAAUGGUUGUCCGUAUUUACCCCCUCUGUCCAUAGAAAAACUAGCACCUUUAGAAUAACACUGGAAUCAGAGCUGGCACCCAGUGAAAAAGGCAUGCAGGAACAGCAUAGAAUUUUGAAACCUCUCACAUACUACUUUAAAGUGUGUGAUCCUGUGCAGAAGACACUCACUUUAAAAAUGUACCAACCCUUUUGCCUUCGUUAUUUUUAUUUUAUUUUAUUUUAUUUAUUAUUACUUUUAUAUUGCUCCUUUUCUCCAAGGAGCUCAAGGCAGCACACAUACUUCUCCCUUUCCCCAUUAUAUCCUUACAAAAUCAGUGAGUGGCAAUUUGAACCCUGGCCAGCACUCUUAACCACUUUUCUACAUUGGCUCACAUGGUUGCAGUCCUACCCUCAGUUACAUGAGCAAAUACAUUACUGGCCAGGUCAACAAUCCAUGUUAUGGUGUGUGUUUUCUGUAGCAUUUUCCACAUGGAAAUAAUUCUACAGCAUAGCAUAUUCUCCAUUCUUUUGCAUUACUGUAAUGAUAUUCUGCAAAAAUACAUUUUUAUAUGUUCAUUAUGCCCAGUCAUCUUUGAACGACUAAAAAUAGCACAAAUAAAAAUCCCCUUUUCUAAUUUGAUAUUUGCCUUUUGCCUUCUUUCCAUUUGACCAUCUAUUUCUUUCCCGAAAGUCCAGCUUUAAAACAGCCUUCUUCAGAACCAUUAAUCUUUCUUUCUAGAGAAUAAUUAAAAUACAGUACUUCAGAACAUGAAUGGUAUUGGUAAAGCAUUGUCUUGCAUAUUUUUGACUAGUAGGUUCAGUUGCUUCAAAACCUGAAAGAAUAUUAUGGUGUGUUCCCAAAAGAAAAGAUUGAGAUGUACUGUACAAGCAAGUUGUACAUCUUUAUUCAGCCAAAGGAACAAAGCUUGUUGUAAUGUAUAGAUCUCACUUUGUUCCACUUUGUACAGAACAAAUGAGUUCAGAUGGAGAAAAGAAUUCUGAUUCAGAAUCCUAAGCAUGUUUUUUGUUGUUGUUGUUGUUGUUGUUUAGUCGUUUAGUCGUGUCCGACUCUUCGUGACCCCAUGGACCUACUUGAAGUGAAUCCCACUGACCUCAAUGUAGCUUACUCAAUAGUAUGUAUGUUUAGGAUUGUAGCUUUAGUUUCUUCUGUUUGCUCAGAGGAAAAAAAUAUUUUGAAUAAAGGAAAUAUUAUCUUAGCUUGCCCUUGUGGGAAUAACAGCACAUAUUCUUUUUGUUUCAGAUGUAAACUUUCAGGCAGGCAGAUUUUAAGACAUGAUGAUGAGGCAGUUUUUCUAUGGUACUCAUAUGAGAAUAAAAGUCUGAUUGUUUGUUUUACUUACCAGAUAUCAAUUUUUUACUAGUAAAGUCCAGCAGAGUAAGCAUGUUAGAAGAUUUGGUAAUGUUAUUGACAAUAACCUACAUGAGGAAAGAUGUGGUUACAUGACCAUCUUGGUAUAAAAAUAGCAGGGUCACCUUGUUCUUGGAAAUUGAUUUCACAUGUCUGAGCAGAAAGCUGCAUCCUCCAUCUGCAAAGUUGGAAAUCCAUUUGCAUUUUCAGAUAUUUGUAAUACCUUAGAAAAUGGAGAACACAAUGAAAAUAUUGAAUUGUGGUUGGUCAUUGUUGCAGUACACAAACCUUUUGAUGUUUACAUAGCAGCAGAUAAAUGCAUAAUCUCUGUCUGCCUUGACUACUUCAGUCUCAAUCUUGCUUUUAGCAUUCAGUGCAUUCAGAUACCAUAUUGCUUGUUCAAAGCAUGGUUUGGAGGAUUGGGGGAAAGCUCUUUAUGUACAUUCUCCCUCUCUCUACUUUUCAAUCCUUCCCUCACACUCCUGGCUUAAUAAAAUACCAACUUGUUUCAGAAACCUCAGUUUGCUGUGAUGUCAGAACUUGCACACUAUGGUUUGAGUGAUUAGCCCAAAUCAAGAUUGCAAACCACAGGUUUUUAUUUCUUUUUCAAUGCUGAUUUGGAGGGAUGUAUCAAACUACAGCUUUCUGGUUGGAUAGCAUAGCAUAGCAUAGCUCAGGGCCAAACUAGGCCCUAUCCAAAUUAGGGAGUAAUGUGAAAGGGAGUAAAAUGGCAGGAGUGCUAUAAGGAGGAGCUGGAUCCUGCCCCGUCCCCAGAUUGCCUCCCUCUUCCCCACCCCAUGAUGCUCCCUUGCAAACAAAAGCAAACAAUUGAGUUACUGAAUUCAGUACUAUAAGGAGUGGCGAUGACUAUUGAAAAGGAAUAGAAAAAAUAAUGGGUGAUGUAUCAAGCAAUAACUGUUCAACAUAUGGAAGAACAGUACCCAUAGUUUAAAGCACAGUCUGGCAUGCAUUAAGUGCAAUUUUUAAUUUCUCCCCUCCUCCCCUUUCCUAUAAAUUCUAAUUGUUAUUGUUACUGAAGGAAAUACAUUUUGUUUAUGGUCACCAAUCAGAGCAAUACACAUUACUAUACAUCAUUUCAUUUCUGUAAUAAUCAUAAUAAUUUUGUUAUAUACACUUUGACACAACUUUGUUGAUAUAUGUAGAAACGUUUAUUUGAGUGUUCAUUGUUGUUUUAUUUUUUAUUUUAAUUUUAUGCAAUUGCUGCAUGUGCUCCAUUGUAAACAAAGAUAUAUCUUGAUGCAACCAUGUUAAACAGUUUAAAUAUGAAAAUAAUUUUUUAAAAAACCAAUGUUAUAUUUAAAAAAGCUGUCCACUACAGUAGCUAAAUUGGAUCUUAGAAUUUAAAGGCUAUAUCCGCUCCAGACGCUGGGAAAAACAAGGAAGGGCUACUGACUCCAUGCCACAGCUUGUCUGCUUUCCAGGAGCAUUUGUUUAAUACUGUUUCAAACAGUAUACUGUUUGUGGUAGAAGCAGGACCAGAGGGUUACUUGGUAUUGUUCAUCAGUGCUUCUCACAUAGGGGUGGGAGGGGGUGCUGUUGAGAGAAAGGUCUGUGCAAAGCAAGAACUGUGAGUCUGCUAAGAGUUGCAGAAAUAAAUGGCAGGUGUAAGUUUUAAAGAGCACUAUGUUAAAGAUGUGAUGCACAUACUUUUUCAUAGCUGCUGCAGUAUUGUUACUCCCCACUGGUAAUAACAGUAAAAUUUGUCCUCAAAUGAUUUAAGUUGUACAGUUAUAUCUCUGAAGUGGAACGGAAUCUGUUCCAGAAGUCCGUUCGACUUCCAAAACAUUCGGAAACCAAGACGCGGCUUCCGAUUGGCUGCAGGAUGCUCCUGCAGCCAAUCGGAAGCCACGGAAGCUGUGUCGGACGUUUGGGUUCCAAAGAACGUUCGCAAACUGGAACACUCACUUCCAGGUUUGCGGCAUUCGGGAGCCAAAAGGUUCAACUUCCGAAGUACGACUGUAUACCUCUGCCUUAGAAAUUAAAAGAUACUUGUGUUGAUUGUGGAAGAGCCCUAAGACAACCCUAAUCUUUAUUUUAUUUAUUUUAAAUUUAUUUUUGAAAAUAUUUAUAUAGCACAAUUUCCUUAAAGAAAUCGAAGUGGUAUACAGCAACAUAUAUUAUACACGCACACACACAAUAAAAAUACAUAUGCCCCUGAUUAUGUUGUGGUGAAAGCGGCUAAUGGGAGAUUUGGGAUUUUUUUCUUCUUGUAGAAAACCUGAAAAAGGAAUCCAGUACCUAAUUGAGAGAGGCUUUGUGCCAGAUACGCCUGUUGGAGUUGCUCAUUUCCUUCUGCAGAGAAAAGGACUCAGCAGACAGAUGAUUGGAGAAUUCCUCGGAAAUCGACAAAAGCAGUUUAACCGGGAUGUGUUGGAGUAAGUAGCAGAUAUGAAGCAUCUGUUGCAUAUUUAAGUGUACACUAUGUGGAUUUUAAAGAAAGGGAUGUUCGCCAAUUGUUUUGUGCAUAAGCUAAGUGCAGUUUCAGAGAAAAAGAAAAACCUGGAAAAAAUCAUUUCCCCAUAUACAUUUACAGCUAUGGCCGCAACUCAGAAAGACUGUUCCAAAAGGAGGUUCUUAGCUAUUUAUCUACUAUACUAUAUUAUUAUUUUAAUUGCCUAGGAUAUGCUCAUCCAGAAGGAAAGUGUCUAUUGAUUAUAAGUCCUUUAUUAUUCCUUGAAGUAUUACUCAAUUCAUUGUCUAAAAUAAAAUGACAUGACAAAAUGUGGAAGACUACUACCAUCCAGAAAGCAAGUGCCACAAUAUUUUCAGUUUUGAUGUGCUGUACUGUGUACUGCAUGCCAGCUCAUGACAUAUUGGCCCAAAUUUAUAGAAUUAUGUAUACAUUACCUUGCUGAAGAAUUGCUGUUGAAUGCUAAGGUUAAGGUACACCUUAAUCAGCAGAAUGCACUCAUAUAAAUAUGCUUUAAUGAAGCAUUCUACACUUGCAAGUGGGUUGUCUUAUUCCUGGACCCAUUUGUUCUAUAUAUUUCCUUACUACAAAGGAACAGUGAAGCAGGGCCUUCUUCUAGGGGGCGGGGAGGGGGUGCGGAAAUCUGUCAGCUCAUGGUUCUUCCUUGAAAAAUCAACACAGAUUUUAAAUUCCAAAGUGGUGUUUUCUAAAAAACAGUCCUGUAGAUGAGAACGUUAUUUUGGCAUCUUGCCUAACUCUGUUAAAGAGAGGCUUUUGUCCUGGGAGUUGCACCACGUGAAAAUGUUAUUGAUGCCUAUUUGACACAAUGCCAAAACAUAUGAUCUACAAAUAGGCUAGGAAAUUUAACCCUGAUGACCUCCUCUUCAUGUUUGCUUCAUUGACUAAAAUCUUAUAAAUUAAACAUUGGAUCUUUUUUGUUUACCUGUUAUUAUGUUUUAAAGGCCAUUCAAUGAGGUUUUGAGUGCACUUAACUGAGCACUGGAAUGCAGCCAAAGGAAUUAAAUAUGCAAUUGCAAUGUUCAGUUAAAAGAAGCAACCUUAGGAGUGCAGAAGCUUCCCAUGUUAGCUUGUGUCAGGUACCAAGAUGGCAUUUAUUUCUGUGUUGCAUUGGGUUAUGAAAUAUGUCAAGUUUUCCUGCAUUAUACAGCUAACCAAGGUACUAAAAAGACCUGGCUUUAUUUGUUGACUGUUUGCUGUUUUAUGGAUAUGUGACAUAGCGAAUUAGAUUACAGUAUGAGGAAAAUUUCAUUGUCCAUCCCAGGAUCACCCUGGGCGUUUUGGUCAGGAGGAUGAUACUAUAUGCUCAGUAGUAAGCUACUCAUGGGGACCUGGUACUGCCAUCCACAGUAAUUUUGUGGAAGACUCUGCCCUUUUGAGAUUUCUAGCUUUUGGGACUGUAUGCCUCUUUGAUGUACAGAGUGAUGCCACCUCCAACACACCCUUCCCUGUCCUUUCUGUAGAGUUUGUAUCCAGAAAUAACCAAUGCCACUGGUUCUCUCCAUCCCAGCAGGUUUCCGUUAUGCUCCUUGUAUCUAUGCUAACAUUUAAAACAAAGUACAACAGCUCACACAACUUGAAUCAGUGGCUUCCAGUAUUAGCUUUUAAACUCCUGUGCAUGGUGUGUCUUUGCGAAUGUCUCUGGCACGUAUGUUUUAUCCAAAGUAUCCUCUUUGAAUUGAUACCUGUCCCUCUGCAUUUUAAUUGCCUGGUUCUGCCCCUCUCUCAUUUGAACAAUCAUAAACAUUUUUACCCUGAUGCCAUAUGGCAGUGAAUUUUAAUAAAAAGCCUUUUAGCAUGGGUCAUACGUUCUUACCAUGGCACCUGCAUUAGUCUAUUGUACUUUGCAGAGAUUGAUCUUUCAUUGUGUAUAACCUCAAAAGCCUAAUAAAAAGGGAAGAAACCUCCAGAUUCUAUUUUAUUUUAUUGGCAAGUAGACCUCACAGGCAGCAGAAAAGGCAAUUAGAUCAUGGUUUCACAAAUCAUGGUUUUGCAUCAGCCUUUUAAAUCAGCCCUGUCCACCUGAGUGCCUUUUCUCUCUCUCUGCUUUCCCCUCUCCACUGUCUGCUACACAAUUCCUCUCUCUUUUCCCUUCCAGUUAUUGAAAAGAGUACUGGGGUGUUAUUAUGCACAACACUUUAAGGGGGGAAAUGGUGUGUGGUAACUGGUACCCCUUCUGUCGGAGAAGGAAAACUAUAUUGCUUUCCCCUUCUGCUAUCCACUCAAAGGCAUGCAGGAAGGAAAGUAAAAGAACACAGGGUCUUCUUGCUGCCACCCUCCCUUCCAACAUUCAUAGGAUAGGCAAGGGGGGACUGGUGUCUGUUGCUCCGUGCCCUACUGCUCAGUAAAGUAGUAAAUUAAAGUAAUGUUUGGUUGUUUUCUAAUGGAGCUACUGACUGGGGGAAAUUGCUUUUUGAAGAACAUAAAAGUGAUUAUUAUUUCUGCCAGAGAGAUGUCUUUGAAAAAUCAUGACCCGCUUACAUAAGCUUCUUUAAUUGAUAUAUAGUGCUCAUAAUUCUCUCUUUGCCCUUUAAUCAUUGCAUGCUUCAUCUGACUGAAUACUAUACUAAGUACAGCAGUUGGUAUUUUAUUGAAGGCAGGGUGGAUUGAUGGGGGGGGGGAUAUGCUGGAGGGUGGCAAAAUCAAAACUCUUCUUCUUCUUUGUCCUAGCUGUGUUGUGGAUGAAAUGGACUUCUCAGCUAUGGAACUAGAUGAAGCACUCAGGAAAUUCCAAGCUCAUAUCCGUGUUCAAGGGGAAGCUCAAAAAGUAGAACGACUCAUUGAAGCUUUUAGGUAUGGACAUAAACAGAUAGCUAUCAUAAGGUUUAGUCACAUACGUAGUAGGUUUGAGUGUACUCAGGCUGAAGUAGUUAAAUAUUAUCUUGAUCUAAAAUUCUGUUCUCACGAUAUUAUAUAUUGUAGACCAGCCUUCUGGAGUUGAUGAGAGAUGUACUUAGAAACCUCCAGAGGCAACUAGGUUGGGAAAAGGCGGCUAUAGAUUCUGUCAGCUUUGUUUGUUGUAUCUUAUGUUAUCAAGUCUAAAUGUGAACAAAGAAAUGUUUACUGUCGGAUUAAACAUUUUAAAGGAAAUUAAGGUCACAAUCCUAUACCCACUUACCCCGGUGUAAGGCCUAUUGAACGCAGUGGGACUUACUUCUGAGUAGACAUGUAAAGGAUUGUGCUGUAAAUAUUCUAUGUUCUCUUCUUGUUGAAAUGGAAGCAUUUAUCCUUUAUAACAUUUUGCAAUGUACGCUGCUGACCUUUUAAUUAAGCAGUUUAGCUUAGCUGAGCAAAGAGCAUUAACUUAUUAAAGCCUAGACAAAUGUUCUUUAUCCAUGGUGGGGACGUGGGGAGAAAUGUGAAGAAUCUUCCAAUAUGCUAAAAAUAAAGAGGCCUAUCCUCAGAGGGUGCCACAGAUCUAUUGAAGCCAUUGGUCAGAGUCAUUAGGCAUGAAAUGUGUACAAAUGGCAUAUUAGCAUAGAUAUAAAUUAUGGAUCAAAGUUGCAUCAGAUAUUGUUGCAUAGUUUGACUUUGUGCUGGCAUUUUUGGGCUUUAGCUACAUGGUUAGAAGGAGGAAAUGGUUGCCUGAGUCAGUGGUGCACUUCAUUUGGACUGUGAUGUUCAACCCAAGAAAAUUUGGCCUUUCCAUUGCAUAUUUUGCCCUACAAAUAUAAGCUGUUUUACACUUGCAGUAGUCUUAUAUUACCUUACUUUGCCAUGAAUAAAGUAUGUAUAAUUGUCACCACUAUCCUAUUUCUGAUGAAUUGUGCAAAUCUGGGUAAUUUUUAUCCUCUUUGAUCCACUAGGUAUGGUUUGCAGUCUGCAGUGAUAAAUAUGUAUAUGUAUAUUUUAUGUAUAUUUCUAUACAACAAGUGAAUAUUGCAGGAAACUGAGGGCACUUACUGUAAUGGAGUUAGACUAGCCUUAACCACCAGAAUAUCUAGAUCUGCAAAUAGUAAUUUGGUUACAAAGAGUGGGUAUAAUAAUGCAUCAUCUGCAUUAAAGAUGCUAUUAUUAGCUGAGAUAAUGUGAUGGAAUGGUAAUUAAUAUUCAAGAAUUAAAUGUGUAUGUCAGGAGUAUAAUUCCAGUAUCAAUGAAACAGUUUAUUGGUUUGUUCUAAAAGGCUUAUCGACUCAUCCUUGAAUCUGACCACUCUUAUUUCGGUGUCUUUUGUAGCCAGAGAUACUGCAUCUGCAAUCCAGGUGUUGUGAGACAGUUUAGAAAUCCUGAUACCAUCUUCAUCCUAGCUUUUGCAAUCAUAUUAUUAAACACAGAUAUGUAUAGUCCAAAUGUGAAACCAGAACGCAAAAUGAAGCUUGAAGAUUUUGUCAAGAAUCUAAGAGGUAUGCAUAAUUCAAAAAUUUGCCAGGGUCUAAAGGCUGGGUUUGUUUCAUUUCCUCCAGUCUUGAACAGAAAAUGUCAAAAGCCGCAUUUUUCUUUAUUAAAAAAACAUCCAAGAGGCUAGCCUGCCAUUUGUACUGUAAUUUGUUACCAGGCCAGGAGAAGAUUGGAAAGGGUUUUUGGGAAAGGACAACAGUCUGAUUACUAACAGUGCGGCAGUACCCGUUUCUAAAUAGAUUGUUUCUUAAAUGCUAAAGAGGUAGAAAAGUCUGCCACAUGGCUUUGGAAGCACAUUGUUGUAAAAACUGCAGCAAUAAGUUGCAAUUCUAUGCACACUUACAUGGAAGUAAAUCAUUGAACACAGUAAGACUUACUUAUGAGUAAACAUGCAUAGACAUUUGCCAUUAUGGUCUACACCACAAAAACCGCAAAAGAAUACAGUAAUUAGAUUCUGUUCCAUAUUACGCAGUUGUAUGACUAUACCCUACAAAAGUGUUUUAGAACUCUGAGGAGGCUGAAGAAACCAAGAUCGAAGUUCUGGAGAGAAAGGAAAUGUUUUAUAGCUGAAAGACCAAUGUGGGGGUGCUUGUAAUUUUGAUUGCCUCUUGUAUUUCUGCACUGCAAACUAUCCCUCUCCAGGUCUAUGGGCCAACUUCAUUCACUAAGCAUUUCACAGCAGAAAGUCUUUAUUAAUGUUUUUAAAGCAACUAGAAUCAAGUUCAAGUUCAAGUUUAUUGCGGCCAAAGCCAGUGACACUAAACACCAUAAGAUCAGACAACAAGAAAACAGCAACAACUUCAGAAAAGAAAAAAGGUUACACAAGAGAACUUCACAGUGUGCCAUUCAACAGAAGAGAUUUACGCUUCUUAAUUACUAAAGUGCAAAAUUUAGCCACCUCAUAUGAUACUGAGCUUGAGGAAUCUUCCAGGAGGUAUUUUCGAAGAAUUUCAGGGGAGGAUUCCAAAUAAUAUUGAAGGGGUAUAAAUUUUGAUAGAAGUGGUAAAAUAAGUUGAACUCGUUCUUCACUAUAGAAUUCGCAAGAUAGAAGAAUGUGUGUGACAGAUUCUACCUUAUUAGACAUACAAGGGCAGAGACGCGCAUGCAUUGGAACUCGCGUGAAUUUGCCGUACAGCACUGCUGAGGGCAUUGUCUCAAAGCGGGCUCUGGAGAAAGCCCAUCUAUAGGUUUCGUUAGUGAUGUUAGUUAAGUAAGGGGCAGCUGCAAAGAUUAGGCCAAGCUUUUAAACAUCUAUACGUCUCUGGGAGUAGGGCGCCUUCUUGUUGUAAUUCGAUAUCAUAAAGUCUCCGAGUGAUAGUAGCUUUUGCCUUGUUCAGAGUUCCAAUAAAAAUAUUUUCAGGGUUUAGGCCAAUUUGUUUGAUCUUGUUAGUUAUUUGCAUAAGCCAAGGAGGAUAGGGAACUGCGGCCAGGAAGCAAGGUAAUAGACCAACUAGAAUCAUAGAAUAGAAUCAUAGAAUCAUAGAGUUGGAAGAGACCACAUGGGCCAUCGAGUCCAACCCCCUGCCAAGCAGGAAACACCAUCAGAGCACUCCUGACAUAUGGUUGUCAAGCCUCUGCUUAAAGACCUCCAAAGAAGGAGACUCCACCACACUCCUUGGCAGCAAAUUCCACUGUCGAACAGCUCUUACUUUCAGGAAGUUCUUCCUAAUGUUUAGGUGGAAUCUUCUUUCUUGUAGUUUGGAUCCAUUGCUCCGUGUCCGCUUCUCUGGAGCAGCAGAAAACAACCUUUCUCCCUCCUCUAUGUGACAUCCUUUUAUAUAUUUGAACAUGGCUAUCAUAUCACCCCUUAACCUCCUCUUCUCCAGGCUAAACAUGCCCAGCUCCCUUAGCCGUUCCUCAUAAGGCAUCGUUUCCAGGCCUUUGACCAUUUUGGUUGCCCUCCUCUGGACACGUUCCAGUUUGUCAGUGUCCUUCUUGAACUGUGGUGCCCAGAACUGGACACAGUACUCCAGGUGAGGUCUGACCAGAGCAGAAUACAGUGGCACUAUUACUUCCCUUGAUCUAGAUGCUAUACUCCUAUUGAUGCAGCCCAGAAUUGCAUUGGCUUUUUAGCUGCCGCGUCACACUGUUGGCUCAUGUCAAGUUUGUGGUCAACCAAGACUCCUAGAUCCUUUUCACAUGUACUGCUCUCAAGCCAGGUGUCACCCAUCUUGUAUUUGUGCCUCUCAUUUUUUUUGCCCAACUAGGUUGAGAAUGUGCUUUAUCUUCCACGAAUGGUGCUUCAAGACUGCAAUAUUUUUAACUAACACUGAGUUUUAUUAUUGCUCGGACAUUUAACAUCAAGUGUGUGUGUGUGUGUGUGUGUUAACAAACUGCUAUCUGUUACCUAAUUGUAUUGAUACUCCACAGUACUCUUGGUUACUGUUGUAUCAAUAACUAAAAAUAGGGCAAAUGUGUAUUUUGCAGAUAGGGAUAGAAAUCUUUUAAGUAAAUAAAUAUACUGAUUUUAAAAGAGCAUAACUGGAGACCAAUUCAGUGUAAAUGUCUUGGAACCCAAAUACUCAAAAAAGUGCCUCUUCCCAUAUUAACCUACUUGUCUGUUAAGAUCUUCUGCCGAGGCCCCUCUUCAAACGCCAUUAUCAGAGAUAUAAUGCAUGAGAGCAAAGUGUUUAUAGAAAGCUCUCCCUAUGCAGGUUCUUCUGGCACCAGUUGCAAUCUUUUCUGCACCAGAACACCUUUUUCGUCAUCUGGGCAUUUUAAUCUUACGUAUAUUUUAAAUACUGUUUUCUUCGUGCUUAUGAUGUUUUAUGAUUACUCUCGCUGAUUGUAUACUACCCUGGAAUUCUAAACAAGAAUGAGGGGCGAUAUUUAUAUAUCCAAAUGUCAUUGAUUGAAAUUCACUUCUUUAAUUGUUAAAUGGCAGGUUCUUCGGAGAUGCUGAUCAUGACAUGCAGAGAUUUAGUAUCAGUGAUGUUAGUGUAAAAACCAGUAGCUAGAUCACAUUCUUUACAAGGCAGAAGUGUCAUCAAGUUGUAGAGGUAUUGCAGUUUUUGAGCUGGUAACAAUGAUGUUUGGGUUCUGCAGGUGUAGAUGAUGGUGAAGAUAUUCCACGGGAGAUGCUUAUUGGGAUCUAUGAAAGAAUCCGAAAGCGGGAGCUCAAGACAAACGAGGAUCAUGUGUCACAGGUCCAAAAGGUUGAAAAACUCAUAGUAGGAAAGAAACCGGUAAGUUAUAUUUUGCAUUUGCAAGUUACAUGUGCAAAAGUAUAUGCUCUAUUCACUGAACCAUUUCCUACUGAGCCAUAUCCAGCUUUGGGGGCAUAAAUGACUGCUCAGAAAGUCUCUCCUGAGUUACUGGAUCUAUUUUAUAUAGUUUCUUUAGUUUUCUAAGUAUUUAUAUCCUACCCACUCCAAAGCAUAGAGGUUUUUAUUCCUCUAUAUUAAACAUGAAAAUAUUCCAACAUCUUUUUAUCCCUGCGGGCCAGCUUAAUGCAAACAACCAAAAGUCAGCGCCUGUAAAGAAAUCAUAUUGCACCUUAGGAAUAUGGCAAGAGUCCAAAGAAACAGAAUUCCAAAGUUGUGGGAAGGUGGGCACAUUCAUUGCAUCUUUGUAUGCUUACAGAUAAUGGCUUUUCCAAAUUGAAGAGAUAGAGUUAUACAACUUUCAUUGCCUUACAGACUGGAAAGUGGAAUUUUGAAAGCUGCAGAACUACACUGUAGAAUUUAAGCUUUGUGAGAAAGCAAUUCAAAUGAUGAAAUAAAGUCAUUAGGAUUGAAUUAGUGUUCCUUGUGCUCAUUCCUGCUUAGUGACAGCGUAACUGUGCAAAAGGGGGUUUGAAAAUAAAUGCCCAUCAUUAUUUAUAGGCAUGUUUGCUUUUAUAGGAGUUUAGUGAUAGUAAGACCACGAAGUCUUUGCUUGAUAUGAUAUGUAUUUCUCUGAAAUUAAAUGAACUUGUAUGUGUCUUUUUCUGCUGUAGAUUGGAUCUCUACACCAUGGACUUGGUUGUGUAGGUAUUUCCUUUCAUAUUCAUUUCUGUUCUGUAAGCGAAGCUCAUCAGAAUGGCCUUAACAUGUUUAAAUCCUUUGUUGUUACUCAGAUUUUGGCAGUUCAUUGCUUUUUCAUCCUAAAUAUUUAAAAGUGUCAAUUGUUGACCUAAUGAAACAUUUCCAUUUUGUAAAGGAGCCAGAUUGUGCUUUCUCUGUGGGGUUCAGUAUCACACAGAUAGAGCUUGGUACAACAAUGAAAUAUAAAAGUGAAUUACGGUAAUUAGGAAGCAUAAGUGAAACUGGGGGCAGCUUUGUUUAUAAACCUGGCUGAGGUCAGUUGUGGUGAGCUGCUCUUAGACAUAUUUCCUAACAAUUUUAAGAUUAAAAACAAUUUGCCUCUCCCCCCAAAGGUGUGCAUGGCCUCUGAUUUAAACGUACAUCUCUCUUUCUUCUGCAUUAUUUUAAUGUCAGAACAUUUCAUAAUUGUGCUUUGCUUUCAUUGCUUUUAGUGUUUAAUCAGCUUAAUCAAUCAGUGUGGAAACUUAGCACAAGAUUAUGCAGUAGAGGAAUGUGGGGCUGAGACAUUCCUUUAGGAUCUUUCACACACACAAGCUGCAAAACGGAGAACAUUGAGCAUUGGGUGUGCCCUUGCAUGUCUUCUGUUUAUCUGUUAUAUAUAGGGGUUAGGGGACAGGUAUAGAUGAAGGUCUUCACAUAUUGUCACAUAAUAAAUGUUGGAAUACUGCUGUUGGUGACUAUUGUGGGACCUUUGACAGCAAGUAUCCAGGCUUCCAGAUAUCAAGGAAACCUCAAUGCCAUAUUAAGUUAAAUAGAAUAUGCUUAGUAAUGUUAUUCAAGUACCUCAAGUAUUCUAGCAUUACCUCUAGAAGAAAAAAAUAGAACUAAAAUAAAAGUUAAACAGUAAACAUAAGAAUUUUCUUUGGAGCAAACCAUAAUUCCUCAGUAAUUUUUGUACUAAUUGAUAAGAUGAAUUUCUGGCUUUGACCUUUUAGAACUUGACCUUUUAGAACAACUAGGUUUGGGUCUUAACUUGCUCCUCCAGUCACUAACUCCUGCCAUACCACAUCCCAAUUUCCAAAUGUCCACAACCUACAGGAUCCAAUUGUUAAGUUGGUGGGGAAACUGUUCAGUGAACUCUACUCCAUUCACAGAAGGGCAGUCAAGAUUCAUGCCCUAAACCAGGAGAGGCUAACAUUUUCCACCACCCCUUACUACUGGCCGUGGUAGCUGGAGCUGAUGGGAGUUGGAGUUCAACAACAUUUAGUGAGCCACUCUUUAUUCUGCCGUUAAUCAGGAAACACAGAUUUGCUAUAGUUGCCCCAUGUAUUGAAUAGAAUUGGGCAACUGAUCUGCAAGAGCUCAGAAGCUCACUGAAUAUGAGAAACGUUUUCUUGCUGACUUUGUGUUAUACUCUGAGACACUUCAUUAAAACAUUUGUAUGAAUAUGAAGUAUAUAUUAUAUUCCUCAUAUGGAAGGAAUUUUAAAUUGUGCAUGCUGCAUCAAUCAUUGUAAAAGUGGGUAAUGUGUGGCAGGUCACUUUGCUGAUCAGGAUUCCCCCCCCCCCCGUAAGUUUGGCAUCUUUCCUUAGAUGUCAUGGAUGCCAAAUUAAAAAUUUUGGCUCAGGAACUGAGAUUCAGUUCCUCUGCACUGGGGCUAAGAAGAACUUAGAAUCUAAGAAGUUAGACUCUAAUAAAAAUCCAUUGCAAUUAAAACUUAUUGUUAGCAGCCUUCUGGUUGUCCAUGUAUAAACAGGCUAGCAUCUCGUGGAAAAGGCAGUGGAAAAUCCGUAUUAACCUUGAAGUAAAGGAACCUUAGUCCCUAUACUGUAUCAGAUACAAUACAUGCACUGGCAUGGAGCUAGGGGAAAUUAUUUUCACCUAUUCCCCCUAUUGAGGAAAAUCAGGAUACUGUUGAAAAGUUAAUGAUAGUAAAGGUAAAGGGACCCCGACAAUUAAGUCCAGUCGCGAAUGAUUCGGGGGUUGCGGUCCUCAUCUCGCUUUAAAGGCCGAGGGAGCUGGCAUUUUCCACUUCCGCAGACAGUUUUUCCAGGUCACAUGGCCAGCAUGAUUAAGCCGCUUCUGGCGAAACCAGAGCAGCACACGGAAACGCUGUUUACCUUCCCGCCGGAGCAGUCCUAUUUAUCUACUUGCACUUUGAUGUGCUUUCGAACUGCUAGGUUGGCAGGAGGUGGGACUGGACAACAGGAGCUCACCCCGUCACGGGGAUUCGAACCGCCGACCUUUCAAUCGGCAAGCUCAAGCGGCACAGUGGCUUAACCCACAGCGCUGUGUUAAUGAUAGUAGCAUUGGACAACAGGCUUCAUGAAAUAACAUAUGAGUUCACCACCAAUAUAUAAAUAUGAUGACAAAAAAAGGAAAAUCCAAAAUGGUGCAAAGAGAGGCUAAUGAAAAGCUUUUCCUUAAAUGUUUUUUAUUUUCACCAUUUUCAGCUAUUUCCUCCUUCACCGUUGUGGAAAAGACUUCACCUAAAUAAUACUGAACUCCUUUUUAAUUGACUAAAGUCAGCAUUGUACUAUAUCCCACAGGUCCUUUCUCUUCCACAUCGGAGACUAGUUUGCUACUGCAGGCUCUUUGAAGUUCCAGAUCCAAAUAAACCACAGAAGCUUGGAUUACACCAGCGGGAAAUAUUUUUAUUUAAUGAUCUGCUUGUGGUAUGUAUCUGACAGGCAUAUUUUUAUAACACAUUAUAUUAAUGCAGAAACUCCAUUAAGUAAAGGGGCUUACUUAAAUGCAGAAUCCAUGUAGGGGCACUAUGUGGGUUUCUGCAUGGAUUGUUAUUCAUAUGUGGAUGAAGAGCUGUAUGUACAACUACAGUUGUAUGCAGUGCUCAGGAUCAGCUAGGAAAGUUGUGCAGGGAAGCCAAAAGGCUAGUAAAUGGAAAUGGUAUUUUAGGCAGAGUUUGUCAUCAGGAUGCUUACUGGUGUAAUAUUUUAAGGGCUUAUUGUCCAUACAUUUCAGUAUUUUUAACUAACCGAAUACUUUCUCCAACAUUGAUUUUUAUGCGUGUUGAUAUUUUUAGGUCACUAAGAUCUUCCAAAAGAAGAAGAAUUCAGUCACAUACAGUUUUCGACAGUCCUUUUCCCUCUAUGGAAUGCAGGUGCUCCUUUUUGAGAAUCAGUGUAAGUGUUUUUAGCCUCUCAUAUGAGUUAAGGGUAAAUUGGUGCACCUCAUUUCUUAAGAAUAACUAUACCUUGAGAAAGCAAGGUAUCUAGUGGUUUUUCCCCAUUUUUUAUAAAAGAUAUUGCAGAAAUGCAAUGAAAACCUAUUGCUAAUAUUGACAUGAUAGUGUGAUUUUGCUUUGUUACAACAUUUAUUUAAAUGUUUAUGAAACAGAAUAAGAAUAGCAUUCAAAGACUUUUAAAAAUAAAGUAUGAAAUCUUGAUUCUCUGAAAAAUGUAAGCUAUAAUGGUUUAGUAUAUGUACACAUACGGGAUAUUUGGGAGAAAGAUCAGUUUGGUUCAACACAGCCUGACACUCUCCUCCAGAUUUCUCCCCCUUCAGCAUUUUUCUUUAAGCAAUGCAUAGCCAUUAUUGUAGCUGAAGGCAGCAAGCUACAAAUAUCCCACCCAGCCUAUCUGCAUGUUGCAGCUGUCAGAUUCAACUUGUUCUCAAGGAAUGGAAUUCAUAUACCUUCUGAGAAUUCUGUCAAUUAAAGCAAAGGCAGUGAAAAGCAUUCCAUUUAGAAGCUGGCAAGGUGAUGGGAAUGAUUGGCAACAGGGAGUGGAAGAUAAGGGUAAAAUGUAUUUUGAGGAAUCAGUUAAUUCUUUGAAAGGAAAUAAAGUAUUUAUCUCCACAUUCGUAGGUCAUGAGGGAAAGACAAAAUAGAUACUUCCACUUUUUCCAGAACAAACCUUCAUUUUAAAAACAUGAAGGUUUGCAGUUUCUUUUCACUAGAGACCACGUAACAGUGAAAAUAUAUUCACCAACUGCCUUCCUCCUGCCAAUUCUAACCUUUAAAAAGUCUUCAGAAGAUAUUUUCAUACCCCUUUCUGAGAAUUUAUCUAAGUGAACAUUUGUGUAUCCAGCUGUAUAUGUACUAUUUUUGUACAAAAUAUGCAUUGUUUUAUAUAUCCUCUUUUGAUGGUGGACAAAUCCAUUUUAUACGGUUUUAAAACAUUUCUUGCCUUAUUCAAUUUCAUGUGGGCUUGCUUUAUUUAUUAAUCCUCAGAAAGUUGUAUAUGAGUGUUUCUUCUACAGUUCACAUUACAGUUAUGAUUUAAGAUUAAUGAUUAUAAAUCUUAAAUAUUUCUUUUAUAUGUAUGGCUAAAAAUUCUAUAUAAUAUAAUUUCUAAUGUCUGUCUGUGGCCCAAUAAAUCACUGUGUGUUAAUGUUUUUUUACUUAGUACUUUUCUUAAAAGUAAUUAAAAGUACUAACAUGCUUUAUUUAGUACUUUUAGUACUUUUCUAUUUAGAAGCCCUUUUGGCUCAAAAGUGUAAGGAUUGGGGCAGAUGAUGGGAGGGGAACCCCACUUAUAGUUGAUUGCCAUAGCUGUCAAUCUUGUGAUGAUAUUUAUCUAUUUACAAUUUUAUAAGAUGCACUUUCAUUUAAAAAGUACAACAAGGCAGAAUACAACAUAUAAACACAAAAUAAAGAUAUUCAUUUUAAAAAUACUGAUUGACUUAACAAGUAAAUUCAUGUUGCAAAGGCCUUUCUGAACAAUAAAGUUUUCAAGUGACAUAUGAAUGAAGGAGGGAUAGUUCCCACCAAACCACUGCUGCGAGGGAGUUCCACAGGGCAGGGCCUGCCUCACCAGAGUCCCUGGUGAUGGUCUUGAGGGUGUGAGGAACCACCAGAAGUGCCCUGUCAGGGGAUUUCAGUGAUCAUUCAGUCUACCACUGCAUCAAGUCUGUGAUAUAUGGCGGAAAUCCUUGAGUGAGUGGUGACUGUUGUUUUCCCUCAAACGUCCCUCAUCAUGUAUGAUGCCACAUUUGAUUCACCCAGGAGACUCAUGUGGCUGAAAAAAUGACAGCAAGUAGCCGUCUACAGGAUAAACCAUAGGUUCACUCCCAUAAAAUGCCCUCUUUGAAGACUUCCCAUAGGCAUCUAGUCAGCCACUGUAAGAACAGGAUGCUGUUCUAGAUGGGACUUCCAACUAAUCCAACAGCAUUCUUGGUUCUAAGAAAGCUGUUUCCCAUUUUUCAGCCUGCAAAUGGUGGGAUUUUGCCAAGUUUAUAGUUUUGUAGUAAUCUUUGAAUGGCUGUUCAGUAAGGUCUUGUGUUGAUUCGGACCCUCCAUAUUAUUCCUGGAGGUAGUCGGUGACAGAGAGGACACAGUUUCUGCCGGAAACUGUAAAGAAUGUGACAGACCUGUAGGCAUCUUGGACCACCUGAAAUAACACCAGAAACACAGAGAGACCUAGAAGCCCUGAGACUCCAAUACAUAGCUCCCUCAGGGUAAGUUGCCCGGUCUACAGUGGGAGGAGCACAAUAGACACAGAUGCUUCCAGGCCUGCCUCAUCCUAUCAGUUGCACAUGGUUACCAAGAAAUGUUAAUGUGGUAAUGGAAAUCUUUGAUGUACUGGGAUGUUACAGUGGUACCUUGGUUUACGAACUUAAUCUGUUCCGGAAGUCCGUUCUUAAACCAAAGCGUUCUUAAACCAAGGUGUGCUUUCCCAUAGCAGCGGGGGACUCAAUUUACAAAUGGAACACACUCAACAGGAAGUGAAACAUGUUCUUAUUCCAAGGCAAAGUUCACAAACCAAAACAUCUAUUUCCAGGUUUGCAGCGUUCUUAAUCCAAGUUGUUCAUAAACUAAGCUGUUCUUAAACCAAGGUACCACUGUAUCUGUUUCACAUUUGGAGAUGCAAAUAGAGAACAGAAAACCCUUGAAAGAAAUUAAUAUACAUAUAUUCCUUUUACCACUUCCUAGAUUAUCCUAAUGGCAUACGGCUCACAUCAGCUGUUCCGGGAGCAGAUAUAAAAGUUUUGAUAAAUUUCAAUGCGCCAAAUCCCCAGGACAGAAAGAAAUUUACUGAUGAUCUGAGGGAGUCUGUUGCAGAGGUACAAGAAAUGGAAAAGCACAGAAUAGAGUGUAAGUACAAAGGUACAUAUAGUAGAGCAUUUAAAAUUAAUUAUGUUAGGUGAAUCUAUUUUGGCAUAUUUACAAAAAUAUUUCUUUAUAAAGUUAAAAUUUGCUCAGAAAGUGUGGCUGAAUACUACUCAAGAUUAAACUGCAGUUGAAAUACAAGAACAUUUUACUAAGUGCUGAUAUAUUGCAUUUUCCUCAGGAGACUUACAGUGGUCCAAGGGCAUCCAUUUCAGCUGGUGGGCUCUGGCCACACUUUUAAACUCCAUGACUGGCUGUUACCACAUGGUUAUGUGCCACUGCCAUCUGGAGUCCGGCAGAAGGAUUUGCAUUGGUAUGCUGUUGUGAUACAAUUAUGCGCACAGACUACCAAGGUGCAGUGACACCCAACCUAAUGAAGGCAUGGCAAAUUUGAUAGCAGCACUUUGUUCAUUGCUACCUAAUGUUAGUUAGUUAGUUAGUUAUUUAGUUAGUUAGUUAUUUUGCUUUGUGUGCCAGAGACUACGUUGUGUGAGGUACCGUUUCUGAGCAUUUCUGGUGCCAAAGGAGAAAGGAUGGGCAAAAGGCUUAGGUACGUGAAAUAUUCCCCAACACUGAAAUUAAUAGGAAUGCGCCUUCUCACACAGAGCUUUCUGUUGUUGAAGCCCUCCGGUGUGUGGCCCAGCUUCUGUAAUGCUGUGCCUUUUGCAGACGGAGCAAGCUUAUUUGUCCAGGUGCCAAUUUUUAGAAGCAUUGCGUUUGGGGUUAUUGAAAUUAUUAACGAGCCAGCAAAGAGUCCAUACCUAUUUUUUCAGCGCUACAAUCUGAAAGAGCCAAUAGAGUAAUUGGCUUCUGCUCUCUUUUCAGCUGAACUUGAAAAGCAGAAAGGUGUAGUACGACCAAGCAUGUCUCAGUGCUCUAGCCUGAAAAAAGAGUCUGGCAAUGGGACAUUGAACCGUGCCUGCCUUGAUGACAGUUACGCCACUGGGGAGGGUCUUAAAAGGAGUGCCCUUAGCAGCUCUCUUAGAGAUCUCUCUGAAGCAGGUAUGCAUUCCUUCCUUCUUUGAUAAAUAUAUUCAUUGAACCUUAAUAUAUGUGUGUGUGUGAGUGUGUUCAAAGAAUACACUAACAAAUAUGAAAAUGUAAAAAUGUAAUCCUGAGAAAGUUUAUUAUGUCUUAUUGUUAGUAGUGUGGUUUUUUUUCUGUUUUUCCCCCUCUGCUUAUUCAAAAAUUCCAUUUGAAAAUAUUAAACUGUUGUAGCUUUCUAUGUAUACUUUAAAAGGAGAAAGAAGACAGAGAAAAAUUGUAAGUUUAUAAUAAAAUAAUGGUUAAUUAAAUGCUAGGUAUGCUAGGAGUAAACUGUUUAGUUUUGCGUCCCUUUUUGUUAUUUUCUUCCUUAUAUUUCAUUAGGGGGAAAAACCCACCCAAAUCAUUGUGUAUUGGCUGCUUCUUGUGCAUUUUGUGCUUAUGUGUAUCCAUGUAGUAUAUUGAUGAAUGAAAUUGAGUGAAGCCCUGCUAAAUUCUAUCUAGAGAAACAUAAAUCGGAUAUAGUUGUGUGACUGGUGCUACGUUAUCGUAUUGCUCAAAACGUAGACUCUAGAUCUUGCUGAAACUGUGGCUUGUGUAUAUACUACACUACUGUUGCCAGCAUAAUGGGGAAGGAACCAUUUUGGCAAAGUAGUAAUUUCACCACUGCUUUUGGGCCUGAAGUUUGAACUGAUCUGGAUGGUGAUGGAAGUUUAAAAUAUAUUUUAAAUUAUAGAUGUUAUACCUGGUUUUGGAAUGUAUGCAUUUUAAUCAUUACAUUUCACCCAUGUGUGCAGAACGUAGAAAAAUGCCACUACGAUUAUGACUGGAAAUCAAUGCCCUGGUGUAUUUUGAAUGUCAGGCACUACAUUUCAGCUAUGUGUGCAAAAGAACAGGCACGUUAUUGGUUCCUGCUGUUGCUAGUAGAAUUGCUCUGCCUGUUAACACCAUGUACACUAUGCUAAAUUAUAAUAUACCACUAGCAAAUAGAUUUAAAUUUUUGCUUACUUUUCAUCCUAUAUAUUAUUUUGACCUCUAUAUAAAAGUGAAGUAUACCUUUCUCUUUAAAAUAUCAUGUGUAAGCUUCUACUGUGCUACAGUCAUCAAUACUAAUCUUAAGUAUGUGCUAUGUGUAAUUAUGUGCACAUGCCUAUUUGUGCAUCAAAAUAUACACAUACUAAUAUCUGCAUCUUUAUUUUUACCAAACGGGUUUACUUUCUAUUUAGCCACAAUUAUUUAUCCAUAGUAAUUAUUAUAUAUUACUUUACUUUGGGGACAAUUCAGUGACAACCAUGAAUCCAUUGCAUGGAACAACACCAGUGCAAAGGUCCACUGAAUUAACGCUUUUUAGAAUUUUAUUUAAAAAUGUGCACUUGAGUAGACUUUGGAUGAGGCCUCAGUCGUCAUUAUUUAGUUUCAUGUAAGAAUGGUUUCAUUUUUCUGUUUUUCAUUGAGAAUGACAACAUUCAUUUUUAGAAACAGGAUUUUCACUAAUGUACCUAUUACUUGACAUGAUUCCCAGUUAACACUUUUCAUCCUACUAGGAGCUUUCAAACAUUUACUUCAGACAUUGUCAUGUAGCUAGCUUCAUUUGGAGGAUUCUUUACCAUAAACAAGAUGAAUUUUUCAUAAGCAUGAAACAUCCCAUAUGUCAACAACAUAUGCCUUCUGUUGGCAUAUACUCAUCGCUGACAAGUUAUUUUCUGUAGUUGAAUAUAGGCGUCAGACUGAAGGGUUUAAGCAGUGACUAUGUUAAACCCAGCUAAACUUAAUUUUAACAUUUUUAUAGAGUCAUAAUUUAUGGAGAGUUUAUGUUUGGACUUGUGCAGUGCAAUUAAUUUAAGAAACACACACAUACAGUCAGGUAUUGGUUAGGAUAACCUAGGUGUUCUUUUCAUUCAUUAUGUUACCUAUUGCCAAGAACCAGCUAGAAACAGGUGCAGUUCUAUAGAAGUUGGCCUUUGGAGUGAUUUCCAUGGGUUCAAAUAUGGUGCCCCCACAGAAAGUUUUCUCCAUGCAGUUUCAAAUCAUAGAGGUAAAAUGCUUUGCAUGGUAACACAUUCUGUGUAAAUUAUAGGCUGAUACUGAUGAUCCUUUGAUUUCAUGAAAAAUGAACAAGAUGUGUAGAUAACAUCUUUUACUACUUUUUAAAAUGUGUGUAUCUAUAGGGUUCAUGUUAAAUAUGAUCUUCAAAGAUACAUGUUUGAACUGGCCCUCACUGCGAUGAGAUUCUGAAGUGUUUAGCCUAAACAACACUGUCAUUUUAUGCCAUCACUCCCCUCCAAUAGAAAGAGUGAGCAUGUAGCUAAAAAUCAUGUAGUGUUGCUUUGCUACAGAAUGCAGGAGGAGGCUGAUGAAGUAGAUUAUGUGUAUCUUAUGUAGGUAGAAACAUGCUUUUUUCAAAAGGUUACCUUGUUUUUCUAAAAAAAAAAAUUAAAACUUAAUUUUACCACUCAAACAGUGGCUAUAACUGCUUUAUAAUUUUUAUUUCAGAGAUUGUGUAAAUAUGUAAUAAUGUUGUUUUUGGAUACUAUGAUGUAUGUAAAACUUGGAUAUUUAAUGUUUUUCUUUUUAAAAGAAAAAUAUGUCAAAAAUAUUAAGGCAAAGCAUCUUUUAGUUCAGGGCCAGGGAACCUGUGGCCCUCUACACAUUUCUGGACUACAACACUCAUCAUUCCUGACCAUUGGUCAUACUGGCUGGGGCUGAUGGGAGUUGUAGUCCAGCAACAUAUGAAGGACUCUCCACCCUGCAUGUUGGAUUUUUUAAGCCCUAUAUUAUUCUCACCACCUGAAUUAGGUUUUCCAGGUCUCCAGCAUUAAAUAUGUCCUUUAACACUUCUCCAAUUUAUUAAAGUAUAAUUUAUUUAAAAUAAUAAAUGGCUAGCUUUUAAAGGCUGCUUGUUCAGUUUGACAAAGUCAGGUUUACUUGUUUGUGUCUCAUGCAGCCCAGACAGCUUCCACAAGUUGUUUCAUUGUGUGAUAAAGAAUAAAUAGGUCCAAAUGAAAUAUCUUUCAGCUGAAGUGCAUAUUUGCAAUUUGUACUGUGACCUCCGGAAUAGACCCUUGGUAACUGACUAGCCAUUUGCUGCAUGAUGUUAGAGAAAAACUUGAGCCAGUGUUUGGAUUGUUUUGGAAAUACGACCGCAAUUACCAUCUUAAGCAUCAUUUUUUCCCCACCUGCAUAAUUGGGGGAGACAUUCAAGGGAUAGUUGUGAAAGAUUCAGAAAUUUUCCAGAUGCAUCACCAGAUGGUGUUGUAAGAGUAGGAUUGAUUUUGAGUCGGAAACCUACCUCAGAUGAGUCUGAGCAUUUUAAGAUGACAAGAAGCAGUUUAAGAUGAUGAGAUACAGUUGCUUAAAUUAAAACCUACAAACAUUGUGGUCCCUUAUACUCAAGGUAUAUGAAGCUUGUACUAAUUUCCUGAAAUUUGGAAAAUAUGUAUCCAGGUUGCCUUCUCAAGGCAAUGUCAUUCCAUAAUUGCAGUGCCACACCAGAGAAGGCCCUGCUUCAGGCAGCUAUAGAUAUGACCGUACAGAAUUGUAAAAUUAUUUAUUUACUUAUUUAAAACAUUUUUACUGCCCUUCACUGAAAGUAUGUCAGGGAACAUAUGCCUGUCGAAAUAAAAUAAAACAACAUCAAUAAAAGACAACUCUGAAAUAAAAAAGAAAUGGGGGCAUUAUAUCUUAAUACAUCUUAAAAUGUCUGCAUAAAUAAUCAUUUAUAAGCUGGCAUCUAAAAGCUUGUAAAGUAGACACCAGGCACACCUUAUUAGACAGAUAUUCCAAAACUGGGGCACCACCACCAAAAAAACCCUUCAUUGUAGAUAUAGUAGAUUUGUUUAUCUGUAUCUAGUUAUCAGGUUAUCACAAGAUAAAAGUAUGAAAGUAACACAGCUAACCAAUGAACUUACCUCAGACCCAAAUAGUCGAAGGAAGUGAUGGGCAACUUGGGCUUGUCAACUUGGGAAGGUAGCCUAUCUAGAAGGAGAAGGAAAAUUCUGCUGCCUUACGGGAUAGCUUCAAGAGAAAACAGGGCCAAGGAGUAAAUCCUACACAAAUCCAGAGUGGAGUCCCUAAGACGGUUGGAUGGUGCCUUGUAUGCCUCCUCCUGGCAACUCCUGCAGCCAGGCUGGUGCCAGAUGCAUUGCUUUGCUUUCCUUUGGACCAUAUGAGUGACAUCGAAAGGGAGGGUCCUGUUGCCUGGGCAGCUCAGGCCCUCCAUACACAGCACAGGCCCUCCUUGUGCUCUGGGGAGGUCACUUCACCCCCAGAGGCACACUCCAUUGUCUCUUGAGACAGAAGGAUACCAACAAGAACAAAUUAUUAUUAUUAUUAUUAUUAUUAUUAUUAUUAUUAUUAUUAUUUUAUACUGCCCUGCAUCUGAAAAUCAGGGGGCAGUUCACAACAUAAAAAUACAAAAUAACAUAAAUUACAUAAUAAAACAGAAACAAACCGAUAAACCCCCUCCCUCAAACACAUUUAAAAGACCAUAGAAUGUUAAUCAGCCCAAGGCCUGGUUAUAGAGAAGGGAGCCACACCAAUCUGCAGCUCUGGGUAAAAAGAAAAAAGGAAGAUAAGUGAAAUUAAGUUGCUUCUUAGAGUUGUGUGUUGAAAAAAUUCACAGGCUUGGUUGCUCAUUUUUGUAGAAGUCUGGAGAGAUGAUGAAUUGUGCCCACUCCCUUACAGAAGAGGGCUUGCAAUCAUGUUUACCCUAACACUCAGCUGCUUUCCUCUGAUCAAAAGAGAUAUUUGCCCUCUGUCCCUUUUUGGGGGAGGCUGGUAGAGAAUACUUUGUACAUAUGUAUUAUUAAAUGUAGAGCCUAAGAAGUUUACACACCUUCUUGGCAUAUGAAAUGUUCAGUGCAGUGCUGUAUGUUUUCUGGCAGCCUUUAAGCAUAGUUUGGAAAACAUUACUCCCAUAAAAUGUGUUAAGCGCUUAGAAAAGGCAAGCAACUCUGCAAAACCUGAUACGAAAGGGACUAUAGAAACAAGUUGCUGUCAUGAAGCUGUGUUGUUUAUUUCACCAUGGAAAAAGAGAGCUUUUCAUAUUGUUAGAUCAUUGAGGGAAUUGUGUGACUUUUGUGAGGAAACUAAGAAACCCUUUAUACCUUGAAAAUAUGUAAAGAACUCAAGUCUCCAUUAAGAAAUGGGCUUCAUCAUUAAACUCUAGUUACUAAAAUUAUGAUUAAUUUACUCUGGAGCUACUUUAUUUUAUCUGGACUGUUCUGGAGCCCAAAAAUGAUCAAAGGGUUGGAGCAACUUGCCUGAGGAGAAAAGUUACAACAUUUGGGCUUACUGUUGAAAAGGCAAGGAAAGAGGGCACCAUGAUAGAGGUGUAUAAAAUUAUGCAUUGAGUUGAUAGGCUUCUCUCAUACUACUGGAAAUUGGGGCCAUCCAACGAAGCUGAAUGUUGGAAGAUUCAGACAAAAGAAUACUUCUUUACACAUAGUUACAUGGAAUUCUCUCCCACAAAAUGUAAUGAUGGUACCUGGUGUGGAUGUCUUUAAACAGAUUAGACACAUUCAUAUAAGGCUAUCAGGGGCUGCUAGCCAUGCUUGGCCAUGCUCUGUUGGAAACAGAAUGUACUCAGGUCUCACUUGUUGGCUUCAUCCAGUAGGCAUCUGGUUGGCCACUGAAAAAUCCUGCCUGAUCCAGCAGUGAUGGCUUGUUACUAGAACAGAAAAAUUUUUACUUGCUUAGUCUAUAAGUUAACAUUAAACAAACAUACCAACCAUACUUGCUUUUAUUUCAGUGUACAUUCUCAAAAGGUGCAUCAAGUAGUAAGUUUUAGAAAUCAGAGUACUUUGUUCUGUCUUUGGCCAGUCAUGCUGUCAUUUUGAUGCCAAAAUAAGUUAUUUAGGAAUAUGAAUCACAAAGUUAGGGGCCUGCAUGUAAGAUCUGGCAUCUGAUCUGAGCGCACAUGUGAACAAAGCACAUGUUUAUAAAAACAAAGCCAUAAACAGUAGGCAAUUGUGGCUAUAUCUUAAAUGUGUAAGCACUGCACAGUUGACAAACACAAUCUCACCAUAAGUAUGGCACUGCAGUUUAAAUUUUCUACAUAAAAUUAAGUUUAGUUUUACCAUGGAAGAAUGUUAUAUGAAAUCCACUAUUGUAUCUUAAUAAUUAUAAUUUCAAGUACUAAAACUUUGAAAUGCGGACAAAAUGCCUAUCCCAUCCUUGGAGACGUUAAGACUGCAGUAGUUUUAACUCAGUGCAACUUCUGAAUAAGCACUCUUAGGACUGCACUGCAGCAGUGCCUGAAAUAUUUUUAAACGGUAUUUAAGAAAUACUUGAUACAUAUAAGAGCAGUUAUUACAAUCCUACCCACUGAAGGCCAUUAUAAUACAAGUAUUGUACAGUAUAUCAUCUACUGAGUGCAUUAAGGAUUCCCAGACACAAGCAUUCCCCCCAUAAACUACAGUUGAGAAAGACAUGUAAUUAAACGAGAAUAUUUAAAUUUCAAUGGUUCCAUCCAUUAAAAUAAGUGGGAGCUUCCCCUCUGACGUCAGUGGGAUGUGAAUUGCAUCCUAAGGCUAGAAUCCUAAGCACACUUACUUAAGAGCAAGCUCCGCCAAACAGAGUGGGGACUUUCUUCUGAGUAAUCAUGUACAGGAUUGUGCUUUAAAUGUUUACUAGUAUAGUUUCAGUUCCUGUCCUAUCACAACAUGCAAAGUUAAUCUCCAGACCCCACUAGAGGAUCCUACAAUGCAUCAGCGAAGGCGGCUGUUGAUCACCCAGGUCUUGUCUCAGUCUCUAAUCUAUGGUAUUGCAUGUCCUGGGCAGGCAAGCGUGGGCGUCGCAGCAGUGCAGGAUCGCUAGACAGCAAUAUGGAAGUAAGUAGGAAGUUACUGAUGUCUAGCUGGAUGUGAUGUGCAUUUCAAACCUUUCUUUUAUAUACAUUUUUUGCUCUUUUUCUUCUAACAUACAACCUGCCUGCCUCAAAUAAAAAUGCAUGCCAAGGCUACUCACUUCGUAUUUUUAGAUUUUUAUUUAUUUAUUUUUUUAAGAAAACAGCAACACUACUACUACUUCUGGCUUGUUUUUAGAUCAAGUACCAUUUUUUUUAAUUAUUAUUAUUAUUUCAGCUAACCUCGUCCCCUUCUGUUCCUGCAAGCAUGGUUAAAUGAAUAUGAUGUGCCCUCUUGCCACCAUUUCAGUCUGGUCCCUGCUUAAAGGCCCAGGGUUAUUUGUUACACAGUACACCGUUGGUGCUGUUUAACUUAGCUACUGACGUCAUGCUCAGCCAUUCACAUUGCUUAUUUUUCGAGUUAAAUUGCGAAAUGUAUGCAGUCGUGACACCAUGGAAUUGCAUAGAUAGGGCAUGGGGAAAGAAAACAAAUAAGACGGAUGAAUUCGAUGUGGAUUUCAUGAGAUUUCAUUCAUCUUCAAACCAUUUAUAUACUGUUCAUGUCUUUGAAUUCAACCUGCAGAUUUUUUUGUGUGUGUGUGCGCGUGCGCACGUGUGUGUGUGCGUAUGUGUGUGUGAUGUCUGUGUGUGUUUGAAUUAGGUAGACUACAGUCUACAUAUAGCACACGAUGCCUCACCAUUGCUAUGUCCCUAUAGCUGUCCAUAAAGAAAAUAAAGUGUCCACAGACUAACUAGAUAGUCAACGGCUAAAUAGCAGGAAAUAUUGGGCCAUAGGUCAGGAGAUAUGGGAACAAAGCACAAAACCUACCGAUAAAGAGAAACAAGCAUAGUCUCAGUCUAACACUAUUAGUGAUAGCUCACUUACUUUCUACAUCUCAAAAUAGAAGCAGUCUACUUUAAAGUUAAUGUUAGAGGAAAACGCAGCACAAAAUCUGAAUGUUAACAGUGUGCUAAUUAUUUCAGUUUAAUUCAUUGUAACUGUAGACAUGUAUAUAUUUGUUCUUGAAGGGAGAAAUAAAUCACAUGACUAUAAUAUCUUAAUAAGAAAAAAUGUAGAUUUAAAAUCAGAUCAAAAGGUUUUAAUCACUGAUUAGUGAUUGCUUUUUAUUGGUCAAUAUUUUCAUUUUUUUAAAAAAGAAAAAUCACUUCUUUCUAUAAUUGGGUCAUAUCUAGCAUCACCUCACCUGUACCUUAAAGGAAGAAAUUGGCAGAAAGACAGACAGACAUCUCCUAUAGGUCAUAGACAGACAGACAGACAUCUCCUCUAGGUCAUACAGCAGUUUAUCCCUAUGAGCUUUCAAGGAAAACAUGAUGGUCGCUGUGAACUUUUUUCUUUUACACAUAUUUUAAGGUUUUUUUAAUUUUUAUUUCUAUUAAUUUCUUUUUAGGGGUCCAUCAUUAGCAGUCCUCAUAUGCGCCGAAGAGCUACAUCAACCCGAGAGUGUCCAUCUCGCCCUCACCACCAGACUAUGCCUAAUUCUUCCUCACUACUAGGGUCCUUAUUUGGUAGUAAAAGGGGAAAGCCUUCCCAAGGCCACCUAGCAACUGGCCCGUCACAGCACCCACCUCACCCUCCUAUACUUUCACAUCAGCAGCAUUCGCAGCACUCUUCUUCCGCCCUGCACCACGCGGGGCCAGCGGAGGGGCAGACCCAGGCACAAGUGCACACCCACCAUUCUCAGUACUGCCACAUGCAGAACCCGCCUCCCUACCAUCACCACCACCACUACCACCCACCCCAGCAUAUCCAGCACCCACACCAGUACCACCACGUGCCGCACUCGCAGCAUGUAGCGCAUUCACAGCAUUCUUACAUACCGCAUUCCCACUCGCAACAUUCUCAUGCCCCCCAUCCUCCAUUACCCGCUCCUCACCCCGUACACUCUUCCCACGCGCCACAUCACCACGGCCAGCCGGUGCCCCCUUCUAGUUCAGCCAGCACUAAGCCCAAACAUAGCGGCAUCAGCACAAUAGUCUAGAACCAAACUCCUCUGCCAGUAAUUGUAGCUCUAGACAGGCACUUACAGGAAGCAGAAGCAGCCUAUAAAACUGGAAUGGUUUGUUUGUUUUUUUAAUAAUAAUAAAUAAAUAAAAAUGAAACACAAGCCAGAAACAACUUAAUUGACUCCUUUGCCUUAAGGAUUCAAUAGAACAACUCACGUUAGCUUGAUCAGUGCUGGUCUUACAACUGAACUCAGUAGUGAUCUUCUCCCUCCUUUUCUCCAGUAGCCUUGAAAAUAUGCUGCUUGCUGAAAACAUUUAUGCUACCUUUCGUUUCACCCACCCCCCAUGACAAUUUUUAAUGCAUAAUGAAAACAUAACCUCAAAAUAAAAGGAAAAAAAUAUGAAAUAGAACCAAGUGUUGCAUUCUUGCUCCUUAAUUGUCAAUGGGCAAAAAAAGUAGACCUCAUAUGGUUGAUGAAAGUACGUAAGUAAACUUUAUAUAAUAUAAAUAUAUAAAUAUAUACAUAUAUAUAUAUAUACUGUAUAGUUAACAUUUAUGCUUACAACAAAACUUUUGCAGUCCACAAAGCUAGCAAUAUAUACUUUACCAGGAAUUCCAUUUACUGAUAGAAGGGCAGUACAGUAGUUGAACAGCGUAAUGAAAGUGUAGACCAAAAAACUAGGAACAAAUUCCAGGCAUUUCAGUGUUCUCAUUAAAAGUUCUCUGGACUUUAAAAAAUAUCUCUAAGCAAUCAUUGCAAAGUGUGCCAAGUAACAUAGCAUUUAGCUGUUGUAGUCAAAUAUUGCUUUGUACAAAUCCUUAUUUUAUUAGCAAGAUAAUAUACUUAAUCAGUAUUAUAACUGUUCUACUAUUUCAGGUAAGCAAACUAGUUAAGAUGCAGUAACUAUACAGUAGCAACAUGAGACCCCCUUUGUUAAGGGCUGUCUCUACCUUUUGGUUACUCAGAUUCUUAGACACUUUAAAGGCUGUGAUAACUGUGAACUUACACAAUCCAUAGUUCUUUUAUAUUCAUAUAUGUUUUAAUAAACUCACAUGAAGAUUUAAAUGGAAGGUACUUGCGUACAUGGCAUAAACAUUCAUCUCAGACCUUAAAACAAGAAGCAUCCAUCCCUUUCCAGACACAUUGCCACUUUACCAUAACUUAGUUUAUCUCAGUUAAAAUAGACUGCGGUUCAGGCUUGUCUUUCCAUAUGAAAGUGAUCUGAAACUUGAAGGCUUAUUUUAGUACAGAUUUUUUAUAACUGUAAUUCCAUGUAGCCAUGUGCUGGCAGCAGGACUCUCUCACCAUUUCUUCAUCACAUUUGUUAGUUUAUCCCAGCACUCAGCAGGCUGAGUCUUUGCUCGAACUGUCAUGGUCCAGUUAAGUCGCAAGACAUCUCGUAAGAGCCAACUGUGCUGUUGUUGCUUAUGUGUUGUAACGAGUCAUUCGCAAAUCCGUAUGCGAUUUUUUUGUACCCCCUAAAUCCUAUUUUUUUAAAUUUAAAAAAAAAAGAAAGAAAUCAUACAUGGAGAAUACUUUGUAGUUUCAGCAUUUUGAGCCACCCCAGUCACAAGGACUGUACAUCUAACUGGCAGAAACAAAAGGAACUGCAGAACUACACCAGCAGAAUUGUGAAUGUGGUUUAAAAGAAGAGGAAGGAAAAGUUCCAGUGAGAGAUGGGUAAAACAAAAAAACACAAAAACGGUGUUGCUUCGGAAUGUAGAAGUGAUACAUGAAGAUGACUCUUAUGUAUUGGUGAUUCCCGAUGUCUCCAGUUUGUUUUGUUUUUUCUCUCCCUCUCCUUUUUGCUAUGGAUUAUAUCAUGAUUACCAGCAAAACUAAAAACCAAUUACUUCUGUUAACUUCCACUCAGCAAAAACAACCACCUAGAAUUUAGUCUGCUGUUUAAAUUUGUCUGUUAUUUUCUACGCGUGCAAUACUUCCUGUUUUGUUCCCCCCCCCCAUAAAUUAACUACAUAUGAAAUCAAAGUAAUAAAAGUCAAUUUGAUGGUCAUCCAGGCAGAUUACCGAAGAGGGUUCAUCUCAGCAGCCCCCUGAGGCUCGUUGUUCCUUGCAGUUUAAGCAUUGUUUGUCCUUAUGAGGGAUAAUAGAACUGUCUGCAUGUCAUCUAAUGUUAAUAGUAUUAAAGCUACACUCUACAUAUUGUAUAUUUGCAAAAUAUAUCAGUGUUACUGUUUAUAUUAGUUGAAGUAAAGUAAUGACAUAUUUAAAUAUGUAGACUUUUCUUCAGACCUUUGUACCAAUAGUAGAGUCUAACUGUAAUUUAUAAGUUGUUCCAGAAAAGAUAAGUAGCUGGUGGUAUACUUUCCCCCCGUGUUGUCGCUCAUUGCAUAUUCUGCAUGAAUCAGACUCAAAAACACAUUCACUGGACAACCACGUUGCUUUGCAUUUGACGGAUUAAUAUUGGUCACACACAAAAGUACCUUAGUGUUGCCCAUCUAUUUAUACAAUUUGGAUGCCCUAGGGAACCCCAUGUAAGGUUUUAAACUCCCAUACUGUUGCUUGUUUUAAGUUCACAUACAAACAUCCUUAUAUGAUUCAUAUGAAUUCCGUAAAAUGAAGGUUAUAUAUUAUUAUUUAUUUUAUUUUCUUGCCAUAUGCAUAUGGAACAUAUAAGUAGAGUGAAUGUGUUAGAAACAUGAAGUGCCUGAAUCUCAACGUUCCAUGAAUACCGAAGGAGGUUCAUUCCCCACCCCAUAAGUAUUUUCGAUAAGAACAUCCUGUAACCAGCAUUACUUUUCAAAACUUCACUUAUUUUUAGAGGAGCAGUCUAAGGUGCCAGAAUCCCUUUUAUAGACCAAGAGUACAGAACCGUUUCUCUUAGAUUGGGAAAAUGACAGCAAUCAUCAUUAGCUUCUAUGUGCAGUUAGAGGAAAUAAAUUUUAUAGCAUGCAGCAGGGGGAAAGCAGUUACCGGAAAGCUUUUCUUAGUUUUUCCAUAUUGAUUAAAAUCCAUACAAAACACUAUUGAACCAUGUGUCUUUCUUCCCAUGAAUAGUAUGGCUAGGUAAAAGCAACAAUUUGAAGUUAAAAGAAAAACUAAAUAACCUUGCAAAAAUAUCUUUUCUGGGACAACGUAAAAAAUGUAUUUGUUUUAAUCCUUUUAAGUUAAGAAUGAAAUGUACAACAAUGUAAAAAAAAGUAAUCCUAAUAUAAUGUACGUCUUGUAUUGCUAAAAAGAAGUCUUCAAGCAUAACAUUGUAGAAUGAUUUUCCCAUCAAGCACUGCAUGCAGCAGAAGCCUCUUGUUUCUUGAUUUUAAAAUGAGCUGGAAGACAGUCAGCAGCUAUUUAAACAAUGACUCUCUACAUGUUGACUUGCUGUUCCAUAUAAAGCUGUGUGUUUACUGCAGUUAAGCAUGCAUUUUGCUGUUUCCGUUGUAAAAUAUCAUCACAUCUUGCCUGCAAAAAUGAGUAAUUGUGUAUAUAGUUAAAGAAAAAAACUUGACCAAUAAUAAGAUAAAAUUUUGAGGGAGGGAAAGGAUAGCGAAGCAGGACCAAGUAGGGAGAAUAGCUAAUUCUCUAAAUUGUACAUAGUGUGUAAAUUAGUAUUAAUAUAAGUCUGCAGUCACUUUCAGGUUGCAUACAGUACCUGUCUCCUGCUAGGAACUUUAAUCCCAGCCUUGCGUUGUAUUAAACUGUUGGAAUUAGGUCUUGAAUGCAGACUGUUAAAAGACCUCAAGAAACAUCAUGCUCAUGAAAAGCUUCUGUUAUGGGAGGCUUCAGACCAUUUUGUAACUGUUGGGAAGGAAGGAGUGCUUUCAUUUUAAUAUGCAUUGUUUGUAAGUAGUAUCAGACCUUAUCGUUGUAAAACUAUAACUGUGAUUAUGUGGGAAAUCAAAUAAAUCACUUUGAACUCACUCAGUUUCUCAUCCUUUGUAGAA